AUGGGAUAUCCCUCCAGACGCUCUGUUGUAGAUUUGGAUGCCACACCCCGAAUGACAAUUGUCUAUAACGGUAAAGAAGCGCUCCAGGUUUGCCUUAUUUAUCAUGAACCACUUAGCUGGGCAAGUUUGCAAUGUUUAUGAAGAAGAGAGAUCUAUGUGCCUAAAUGGUGAUGCUUCUUAGCUGCAUACAUCUUGGUAUGCAAAUUCCAUUCUCUCUCCCUUUGUUAUCUCAAUGUUUGAAUUUUGAGCACUUAUUUACAUGAUUUCAGCUUUCCACAGUUACUAAUGUAUGUAUUGACAACCUCCUCUGGUGUAUAUUUGCACAAGAAGUCAAUUACACCGACUGUUUUGGGUAACCUAUACUUGCUAUGAAUGGUAAAGCCCACAUAGUUUUACCUAUUCAAAAUGUUUUUCUUUGAAAUUGUUUUCAUGGCCAGUUAUACUGAAAGUGGAGGCGGGGAGCCCUUGUUAAUCCAGAGCCUCUUGAUCUAGUAAACAAAUCUUAGCGUGAAGCAAGUUAGCAGAGACUUUCUCUGUAAACAGGCCUUCAAAUAUUGCUGUGAAGGAUCCCUCUACUGCACUGAUGCAGCCUGUAAUGUGCAGGGAAAAUUGCUUUGAUGUUAGGGGUGGAUGCAGUGACAUACAAAGGAAUCUGUGGCAAAGGUUUUGCAGUCUGCUGUCUGGUAUCCUUAUGUAGCCUCCUCUUAUAUGGGAAUGGGAUGAAAGUUGGCCAUUUAGGGGUUGACAGGGCCAGUGCUUAUCUAGUCCAUAACCAAUCACAAUUGGGAAAAGGCAGAGAAAACCUGUUGUGGGCAUAUAAAGGGAAUUUAUUGAUCGGUUCUUGAUUCUUUGACAGCUUUCUGAAUGUUGCAGACUGGGAAUUGCUGGUGGAGCUUCUUGGAGAUAUUUGCCUUACGUAUGAUUUAAUACUCAAGUGAUUAAGGCUUUGUAGUUUUGCACGUUUUCUGUCAGUUGUGCUGUCACAAAGUGAAGAUUGUAGGAAGCUAAGCUAUUGGCUUUAAAGACUUGCAGAAGAUGAUGUAACCCUUUACAAGAGAGAUGGAGAGGAGGAAGGAAUGCUCUGUUAUAUAAACUUCUUUCUACUUCAUUUGAAAAAGUUGUUUGUGUGUAAUAAUCAGGGCAUUACCUCUCCCUUUUUUAUUUUCCAUUUGAUGAUUUUUAUUUUUUUAAAAAGCUGCUUCCAAAUAUUGCAAUAAUACAGCUCUCUCUCUCUUACUUUUUGUAUCAAAUUUGAGAUGUCUCAUUUCACAUUCAGGUGAUAAAAUAGUGAUUUGCUGCUAGGGUUGUCUGCAGUGUUAGAAUCAGAAGUUGGCAUCAUUGGGCACCUGCCGAAACCCACAUCCCAGCAUGAGGUCCACUACUGUCCUAUGGUCUUGCUCCAUUUCCUCUUUGAUACUGAUUGACCUGUCCUCUAUGUAUGAAGAAUGACAGGAUCAAGGGGAAGGAGCAGUAGGUUCCAUUUGCCUUUCCAUCUCCUGGGUAGUGGUGCAAAUUGAUCCCCAGGGAAGACGACACUUGUAGUGCUGAAGAGAAAGGUCCACUCAGGGAGGAGUCUUACUGAAGGCCUCUUUCCCAAGGACCCUGCAAAACCUGGAACUGGCACUGGAUGCCUCUCUCUCCAGACCUCCAUGGUAUUUACAAUUGUUCAGUCCUUCAAUGCAAAUAGAGAGGAGAUUGGAAAUGACUUUGUGUUGUGCUUUAGUCUAUUACUUUAUCAUUGGCUAGAAGGCUGAAGAUGAAAGGCAAAGAUGGGUAGAUGUACAUGCCACGGGCGGUUAACACGAGGUAGAAUUAAAACCAUGACAAAACUGCUGAUACUCUGUAGAACAAGGGAUGCCAAAGUGGUGCCCUCUUGAUUUUGUUGGGUUACAACUCCAUCAAAUUUCAGCCAGCACAGAUUGUGCUUAGGGAUGAUGGGAGUUUUAGUCCAACAGCAUCUGCAGGGAACCAUCUUGGCUACCUGAUGUAGAAAGAGCACAGCUUAGUGUCAUAAUGAUGACAGUGGCAUACAGGCAAUUUUCGCAUUGUGGUAUGCUUGGAACAACAAAGGAAAUAAUCACUUUUGAGAGGCUUCCGCCGGGCUCCUGCCCUUUUGUCCCACCUUUCUUUCCUUGCCUUCCUAUUAUGGAAGAGGGAGAGAGGGAAAACCUGUUUUGAAAGCCGUGUGGGAGCUGCCACUGAUUAUUAUAUGCCAGAUUGGUGCUGUCAGCACUGCUGUCUUUCGCCUCAACAUGCAUGUCUGGUUACAUCAGCAUCUUGGAGCAAUCUCCUCUGCUCCAGUUUCCCGGGGACCCUGAGGCACUACGAACACAUGAUCACAAGCUUUUCUGAGUGCAGGAGAAGGGGGUCAAGAAUUUCCUUCUGUUUGCCUUUGUUAUCUUGCGCUCAAAUCCCUAGUCUUGGGUAGCUUAUCAGUUCUACAGUGGUGUUCAUCAAUCCCACCACCAGAGUUGCUUAGUAAAGCUAAGGCUUUGUAUAAUCUAUACUCCCUCCUUAAUGGGAAGGGGUGUGUGAAUCAGAUUUAAGGGAAGCACAAAUUCAUGUACUUUGAAUAAAAACGUUAUGUAAUUUAUUCUGAUUUCUGUGAACACUCACAGAAGCCUGAUCAGGAAGCAGGCUGCUGGCUCUGCCUAUAGGUGCUGAAUAAGAGACUUACCAUAGUUUAUGGACUGCAUAUUUUUGGACCAUUUGUCUAUGGUUCUUGCAAUUCUCAUUAUCUUCAGUGUUCUUCCCCUCCUUUAGUACAUCCAAGAUGGUACUGCAUGCAGUGUCCUAGAGCUUAAACGAUGCCAAGAUAUUGGAAACAUUUUCAUGCUGUUGCCAGAGAUGGACAGCCGGGUUGUGUUGGGAUGGUAAUGUUUGGGCUUUGAAAUUCUUGGCAAGGGCUUAAAAUAGUGGAGGAACUGAAGAUCAUAUCUAAGGUCCCUGGAGAAGGGUAAGGAAAAGCGAAAGAACAGAGUUCCACCUAUUCCAUGACCACUGAGGUGUCUACUUUCUUAGUGUUCAGCAGACUAUUUCCUCUGCACUUCCUCUGCGCAUCUGUGCUGGUUUGUAGAAACAGUGAAUGCAAAAUGUUAUUCUUAAGAUUUCAGAUUCUGAAUGUGUGUGUGUGAGAGAGAGAGAGCGAGAGCGAGAGAGCACUAUAAUAUGUAGCUUGAUUUGAACUAUUAAAUUUGUCAGCUCAGAGAGUGCUGGUUUGCAGAAAUUGCUGCUUUUCGGUUGUUGUUGGCUGGCUACCCAUAAAACAUUUUUUAAAGGUUUUGACGUAAGAUCCGUGGGUAAAUUAUAACAAUCCAGUUAGCUAUUAGUCUGGGAAGACAUAGUUAAACAUAUGACAGGGUCCAAAUGGUUGGAAGUGCAAACUAGAAGAGAUCUGAAUAUUGAAAAACAUGGAUUUAGUGCAGUGAACCAUCAGGCAAUCCUGCUAGUGAGUUCCCGAUUUUCUAAUGGCUUUUAGUUAGAAUUGGAUGCCUCUCUAAGGAGCUGCUCUGGAUGAUUAACAGCCUCUUUCCCCCAAAACAGCAUGUUAUUAAUCUAGGAUUGCUACACUGAAGAUUUUUAAAAAAUUGUUGCCCUAUCCCUCCUCUGAGCUGUUAGGGUUCCUUUGACCCUUCUCAGAGGAUGUGGCGCUUAAGGAAACAAUGAGUCCUUUUUCCUGUUAAGUUUUCUAAUAAAAUAAUGGGGGGGGGGAGAAAUUUAAAAAGAUAUUUGAAACAGAAGACACCCCCACCCCGCUUCCCAAUGAUACAGUUGGUGAUACAGGAAAUGUAACAUUGAGCAUCCAUUUCCCAUGGUUUCCUUUCUUCCACCCUCCACUUUCAGCCCACUGGUGUGGUAAGUUCUGUGCCUUACAUAUUAAACUAUUUACAGUUAUCAUUCUUCAUCAGAGAUGAGCAAUUGACUCUUAAAGUUGUAAUGGUGUCUUUAACAUGUUCCUGGCUAUUGGCUAUUCUUUGUCAUUAUUGUAACUACAUGCGGCAAUGGUAGUCACAAUGUUGGUCAUCCAACAAGUGGCUGCUUAGGAUCGUUAUUGUACUCCAGGAGAUGACAGGGAUCCAUCCAUCCUAGUACUGCUUGGAAACUUGUGCUUCUGCUGCUUAGGAACAAGAGGAGAAGCAAAUGAAAGCUUGAAGCUCUAUGGAAGGAAGGAAGCACCAGGCCACAAAUAAUCUAUGGAAACAGAAUCCAGUGAACACUGGGUUCUGUAUUGUUAGGAGUUGCUGACCACUGCUCCAGAUGGUGAGCUGCAUGAGUGCAGUUUUUCAAGGGCUUCCUGUCUCAGUGGCACUUUGCUUAAAUAACAAGACAACCCGAGUUCCGUUGUGCUUAUGUGUUCCCUUUGAUCUUGACACUUGGCUUGUUCUCUGGCUCUUUAUUAUUAGGCUUGAGCUGCUAGUUUCUCGCCCAGCCCUGACAAGAUUUGCAGAAUGGUACAGAAGAUUUGAUGAGUAUCAACUGGGGGUAUUAGUGGUGGGGCUGAUUUGCUCAGCUCAUAAAGGAGGUGGGAACUCUGUUGUGGCUCCGGAUUGAACCACCAGCUCUAGGAGCUCAGUGGCCAGCAUGGGGGUGGAGUAGUGUGACUAUGUUAAUAUUUUGCUUAGGGGUGCCCUCAGUAAUGCUCAAGGUAUUAGAAUGGGCCUUCUUACCACACUACUCCCUGCUGUGAUAGAUUGGGACAACUAAAAUAUGAACUGUGUUCUACUAUCCUUACUGUCCAGAGAGCAUUUGGGAUUUCUGUGGAAUGAAGUGCUGUCUAAAGGAAAUACUUAUCAAUGGAACAGCAAGGCAUUCUGUGCCAGUACUUGGAUAAAUGCAACUCUGAAAGCCUGUUAACAUAUUUUAUGUGGGAGGGUGUUAGCUGAUUAAUGGCUUUUAAGUUCAUUGUUUUUAUUUAAUUCAGUCUGUUAGACAAAUUAAAUAAAUAGCUUAGCCUAUUAAAGCAGACUACUCUCCCAAGCAGCCUUUCUUCACUGUAUUUCCUCUGUGUCAGAGGAGCAAGACCUACUGAAUGAGGUGCUCAGUAUAUGCCAUUGAUUCACUUCUACCCAUUGUCUGACUCAUGGGACUGUAGAUUAUUGAUAGCAAGGUUACUGUUGAUUAACAUCUUUGACUGGAAGUUGCUGCAAUUGAAAUAUGAUAAAUAACUAAGCUACAAAUAAUUCAUUGCACCUCAAUUGUGGCCUAUGACAAAGGUCUCAUUUAAGAUCUUAUUCUCCAUUCCCCCCAAAGAAGUCACAUCUCCCUUUGAAUAUACAAAGCACAGAAUGGGUUCUAUCUGGCAGGUAGCUAGUUAAUGCUGCAAUAGCCCAUCGCCCAACUUCCAAAAGUAGUGUGGCUGACUUUUGAUUGGUUAGCCACGGCCAUCAUUCAAUCAAUGUCCACCAGGGCCAGAAACUUUUAAAAAGAUGACUGUUGCCAAACAGUCCUUAGUCCCUGAACCUUACCAUCUAUGCUGCUAUGGUAGACCAGAAGCCUGUUUGGAAGUAGCUACAGUAGGAUAGACUUUCCUUUCCUUUUAAAGUACAGUGGUACCUCAGGUUAAGUACUUAAUUCAUUCCGGAUGCCCGUUCUUAACUUGAAACUGUUCUUAACCUGAAGACCACUGUAGCUAAUGGGGCCUCCCACUGCUGCCACGCCGCCGGAGCACGAUUUCUGUUCUCAUCCUGAAGCAAAGUUCUUAACCCGAGGUACUAUUUCUGAGUUAGCGGAGUCUGUAACCUGAAUCGUAUGUAACCUGAAGCGUAUGUAACCCGAGGUACCACUGUACUGUUCUGUUUUUACCUUUGUCUUUCUCUGUUUUUUAAUUCUUAAUAAAGUUCAUAAGAUUUGGCUGUUGGGAGUCUUGGGAGCCAAAAUGUCAAGGUUCUCUUGCAUGACUGGCGUACCUUGAUGGGUAAUUGAAAUGAAGUACCCUCUUCCACCAAAGUGUUCACCUUAUCCCAAUAAUUCAAAUGGGAAAUGGUCAUUUUGCUGUAAACUGCACCAGAGCUUUCUGGGAACAGCAGAACGUAGCUACACAUUUCACACAAAUGUGUAUAACAAAGCCGUAUGUGUGUGUGUGUGUGUGUGUGUGUGUGUGUGUGUGUGUAAUGAAAAACACCCUUGGGAGGCUGGUCUUCAGCUGCCUGUCUGGUAUAGAGGUCCAGCAUUUUCAAGCCCUCAUUUUAAGUGGUGAGAAGUCAUAUCCACUGCCUGAUUUUCAGCCUUCCUUCCUUUGUGUAACUAGGGCCCCUCAGCUUCUCUGCAGAUUCCCUGGUGCAGUGUGGGGGGUCUUGCAGCUGGCGCAGGAGCCAUGAGUAGGAACUGGCACUCAGCCUGCAGGCUUUUCUCUGAGACUUUUCCCACAAAGCAUCGCUAAUUGCAUUAUGGCUAUCUGGCAGCCAAACUGAGAAGACCGCAGUCCUUACCUUGUAGAGGUGGCAUUUGGAUUAGCGAGUUUAACAUUUUGCAAAUGUUACCUAAUGCCAAAUGGAACAGGAGUAAUCGAGUCUGUUUAUGGAAAUAUUUUUUUACGUGUAGAAACAGCUAAACCUUCCCUGACACAGACAUUAUUUGUACAAUCAAAAUACCAACUUGGGUGCAGCUUAGUUUUUGUUGAGAACAAGUUGGUUUGAUCUAAAACGCCUUGUUAUGGCAGAAAUGUGUAGUUGCUGCUGCUGCUGCUGUUGCUGCUGCUGUGUGAUUCUGCUAGUUUAUAAAGCUAGUUUGCUGGGAUUGUAUGCCCCAUCAUGCAUAUAGCUGUCUGAGACAUCUUGAUAACUUUAGUAGAUUUCUGCAAACCUCUGCUCCCCUCCCUCCUCUUUAAGGUAUUCUACCACUCGUGUAUGGAGGGAGGGUUUCAUAUCAAAUCCUUGCAUAUAGACCAUAUCAUCUAAAGCAGGGAUGAUUGACCUGUGGCCCUGUAGGUUAUGUUCAAUUCCUACUCCCAUCAGCUCCAGUCAGCAUGGCCAUUGGUCGCAGAUAAUGAGAGCUGUAGUUCAGCAACAUUUGGAAGGACACAGAUUCUCCACUCCAAUCUAAAGAGUGAGAUCUUGCUGCUAGAGAGUGUGCUUUUCUCUGCAACCAUAAAAACAAGGAGGUUCUCCUCUUCAUUUCCCCCAGCUGAAGACUGUAGUUUUCAGUGUUCUAACACAUUUUGAUGGCCUGGACAACAUUUUCAGUAAGCUAGCCUGAUUAGGGUAUUUGCAUACGUUACCAAUUUGCAUAAAGAGCUGGAUUUUGUUACUUGCAGUGUCAAGAAUAACUGAUGAAGCAUUAACACAUCACUUUGGAGAUUUGGCUUUGGUUCUUUGGUCUGCCACUCACUUCACUGUGUAAACUGUCUGCUCUCUCAGCUCUUUGCAUUUCUUUUGACACAAUUCUAUGUACUGUAUGUAUAUUCAGAAGCAGGUCUUCUGAGUGAGGCUUACUCUCAAGUAAGUGUGUAUAGGAUUGCAGCUGAUAAUUCAGUAUCUGCACAUACGAGCUGAGGAUUUUGGAAGUGCUCAGCACCGAAAAAUAUGAAUGCCUCAUAGCUGAGCUUUAGAGAAGCAAAGAGUACAGCUGUUCCUGAAAUCAGCUCACUGCAGAACAAGUAAUGAAGUUAGCCUUGGGGUUAGCAUACUUUAGAAGUGGCAUAAAUAUAAUGGGGAAGAAGUGAACUGAUGUAACAUAAUGGUGCCGUUUUUACACAAGUGUUGACAUGGGUGUAUGAGUUGAUAAUGCUAUUUUAUUUUAUUUUAUUUUUAAGCCCUAAAAGACUCUGGACCAGUUAAGGACUGUCUUGCUCCUUAUGUCCCUUCUUGAAGACUCUGAUCAUUGGGAGAUAAACUCUUGGUGGCGACCCUUACUCCUCCUGUCUGCUUCACAGUUGUUAGGAGCAGGGUGUAUAGCACUGUAGCACCUGCUUGGUAGAACUUUCUCCUGAUUAGUGUCAGGCAAGCAUUUACUCCCUGCCCCCUGGCAAAAACAUAUUUUAUAGAGGCAAGCAUUUACAAUGCCGACUUUUAAACAUGUGCUCAAAACUUUUUUUGUUCACUUGGACAUUCCCUGAAGUGUGACAGAUUACUGAUCAUGGUAAAUACUAUUGUUCAGUAGUUUGUUGUGUUUUUAUAUUGGAUUGUAUACCAUUUUCUUACUCCAUGUUAGCUGAUAUUUACAUCUGUUAAGUAACUAACUAACUAGUUUCUGAUGGCCAUUCCAAAGAGAAAAGAGCCCUUUUCUAAAGGACUUCCAACAGGGGUGGACUGCUAUGGGUUAAAUGUUUCAUGUAGGGCCUUGCAUUUGAAUAUUUGCAUGUUUCAGGUCCAGCUUGAUUUGUAAAAGUUUGGUGCAGUGGAUGAUGUGUUAGCUUUAGAUGUGUGGAGGCCCAAUCUCAAAUUCUUGCUUUAUGGAGCACACGCUGUAGCUUUCUGUGCUAAUUACUUCACAAUGUACUUGUUGGGAUUUAUAAAGAAUUAUAAAUUGCAUCAUGCUUGCAUUUCAGUGUUGCUGAAAUUCCUUUGGCCACCAAAACCCACGUUUUGCUACUGUGAAUUCAGACAUUUUAAAGUGACCUCAGUUCUCAGAAGCAUUUAGAUUAAAAUAAAAUAAAAUAAAUAGUCAGUAUGCAGGGAGGCAUUUGAUGAAUUCAAGUAAAAAAUUCCUGAGGUAAUAGUAGAUCAUGAACUUUUAAGGACUUGAUGGUGAGGGAGAGUGGCCUCAUGCUGUUGUAGGAUGUACAUCUAUAUUUGUAUUUUUAAAAGUUAUAUUUCAGCGGAGUUGUUUAUUGAACAUUAGUAUAUCUACAAAUUACAAAAUACUAUUCCAGAUUUUCAUGAUUUUUCUUCAAGUUAUUACCUGAAAGGGCUGUAGUACUUUUGAUUUCUGACUUCUUACUUCUCAUACUGACAAACCUGGUUCCUUCCGGUUGUUGUUGUUGUUGUUGUUGUUGUUGCUAUUUUUGACUACACAUCCACUGUGGCAAGAGGACUGCUCUCUUCAUUUGAGUUUUUGGAAGCAAUGGAGAGUUGAGCCUGUUCCCUUUCCAAGUCUGAUGUGGUUUGACAGCUCCUUUGUGGGUCUUUGCCUUUCAGAUCUCGUAGGAGGAUAAAUGGCUGUAGCUGGUCACUGAAUGAUGAAUUUUAGCAGCUGGAACUGCAUCCAUCCAUGAAAUAGACACGAUGCAGACUCCCCUGAGAGCUAAAAGGAGUGAUUGAAAAUUAAUAUUGUUUGAAUUGAACUCCUUAGGCCUUUCAGUUAAACUCAUAAUGCAGGCAGCAAUUACAAUCGGAUCUGCUACAGCGUGUCACCACAGCAGAAAGCCUCUUGUUAUUGUUUCACAGUGGUAUUGGCAGGCAUGCAAUGUGUGGGGUAACACCUCUGAGUAGUGCAUGUCUGUUGGUAUGUGACUGGGAGGAAAGCAUUGGAAGACAAAAUGUACAGUGGCACCUCGGGUUAAGUACUUAAUUCGUUCCGGAGGUCCAUACUUAACUUGAAAUUGUUCUUAACCUGAAGCACCACUUUAGCUAAUGGGGCCUCCUGCUGCCGCCGCGCUGCCGGAGCACGAUUUCUGUUCUCAUCCUGAAGCAAAGUUCUUAACCCGAGGUAAUAUUUCUGGGUUAGCAGAGUCUGUAACCUGAAGCGUAUGCAACCUGAAGCGUAUGUAACCCGAGGUACCACUGUACUUUACCAGAGGACUCACUGCUUGGCUUAUCCAGAUCUGUACACAUCCAUUUUCUAUUCAAAACAAGCAUUAAAUACAAUAUCAAGAAAAAUGACGGCCUAAAUAUCAAACUGGCUUUAGCAUACAAGGUAUUCACUAGAGUCGUGUGCAGAGGGGCAAGUCUUCCGGAUAUUUGCUAUAAGAAGGAAGGUGCUUGUAAACAUUACGUGUCCUUGGGUGAUGUACGCAACCAUGCCAUAGGAACAGUUUGAAAAGGUAAUUGUAGGAACAUGUUGGAGUGUUUGCAGUCAUUCUUGUAAAGAGAAGGAGGGCUCUUGAGAAAUUAUUGUGGCAGGCAGCUCUUGCCUGAAGCUUAUGUUUCUGAUGGAGCUUAUAAAAGGUUCUAAAACAACCUGUUUUAUGGCUUCUUAACCCAGAGUUUAUCACCCUUUCCCCCCACCCUGCUACUUUGAAACUCUUGCGAGAGAGAGCAAGAGAGAGUGAGAAAUGUUUUUCUUUGAAGGACAUCCUCCCAUUACAGAGCUUAAAUGUGGUAGUUUUGCUUUUCAAUCUCCUAGAACCUGCAAAUUAAGUUUCUACAGCAUCAAACUGCAGCAGCAAAGAGGGAUUAGGACCAUGGUGGUGCAAAGGAGAAAACAGCUCUGAUUACUCAAAAUAAUAAUUCUAAUUCGUAAGGAGAGGCUUGCAGUGGAUUUACACAUGUUGAAUCACUCUAGUUAAUGACUCAACAUAAUCCAAAUAGUGACAAUUUUUAUUACAUUUAUACAGUAUUCUGCCCUUUCCCCACAGUUUUUGUUUCUCAAAAAGAAAAGAAAAGAAAAAAGCAGAAGAUCAGCACUUCUGUGAAAUUGGCAGAGGUGAACUUCCACCUAGCCUCCAUAACUGAGUGCCUAACACCAAAUCACUGCAGUGCACCAUCUAAAGUCUGGAAAAGUCUUUUUUAAAUGGGCUGAAUUCAGAUAUGCUACUUUAUGUAUAAUCUGAGCAUCUGGAUUUUUUGGUAAAGUUUAUUAUUAUUAUUAUUCCUCUAUGUUAUAAUUUAUAUUAAAAAGUGAUAACAAUGACAGGAUCAGACAAAAAUUAAAAGAUGAAAAACAGCACAUGACUCCGACCAUAUGGUGAACCAUUCAAAAGAUGGGCAAAUAUAUUGGAAAAAUCAACUUGCUUUAACAUCAGCUUGUGAAAAUGAUCUGCGAAUAUGUGCUUAAUUUGGCUAGGAAGGAAGGGCUCUAUUCCCUGGCAGGUGGGAUUUCAGUAGUAAACAAUCCUGUAUUGUGGUAUGAGAUUGAAUUCUGUUGCUCUGGAUUCUAGAAACUGCCUCCCACCCAGUCUCGGGCAAACUGAUUCUUUUAUUAUUGAGAGCAAUGGGGUUUUUGCUGCUCAAGGGAGCCAUGAAUUGUAACACCAGCGAUGGAAGGAAUCGUCUGAGCCUUAUAAGAAGCUGUGUGAAUGAAGUUCUGUGCUGUACUAUUAUUGAUGUUUUAGAUGUUUGUGUACAGUAUCAUUUAAUGCUUUUACAAGCUCCCCCGGGAGUGCCAAUUGGCACUGAAAGCUGGGAUAUGCAUCAGAACAAGGUAGUUGCCAUAGUGCUCUCCAGAUGUUGUGGUCUACAACUCCCAUUAACCUCUGGCCAGCAUGGCCAAUGGGCAGGGGUCAUAGGAGCUGUAAAUCACAACAUUUGGAGGGCACCAUGUUGUCUACCCCUGCAUUGGAACAAAGAUGAAACAGCUGGGGGUAUUCUCAUCUCAAAACUGUGAAAUCAUGCAUAUUUUACGGGAUGAUAUAUCAGUUCAGUCCAUAAUUGGUUGCCUUAUCUUAAUAAAAUCUGAGAAAACUGCCCACCACAUUAUCUUAGUGUGGCUGAAAUUUGAGGAGGAAUUUGUGGUCAUAAGAAUAAAUUACUUAAGGGGCCCCUAAGAGAGCUAAUCCAUGUUGGUACUACUGAGUGGUCUGGUAAGGAGAGGCAGCUGUUAAUACAAUCUUGUUCCCUCUCAGUGACUUGAAUAGUGCAUGAAGUAUGUAUUCCUGCAAUCCUAUAUUAUAAAAUACCAUGCUGCUUUAAACCUCCCCAGCAUGAUUACUGGGCAUAGCUAUGGAGGCAUCCUCCAGACCUAGUAAAUAACGUUUCAUUUUUCGACAGGAGUGAUGGAUGAAUGCGGCAUCCUUGCUGAGGAUAAACUGAGAAACAGCUGUCAUUGUACAGAGCGUUUAGCUGUUGCUUAUUGUUAAAGCCUUGGUGCUUGGGAAAACUACUCUGAUAAAACUCCUGGCCAAGACUGGAGCCUUCAGGACAGACAGCUGCAUUGUGAGACGUGUUUGCUGGCUUCCUCCCUGGGAUUCAGGGCAGACCUUGAUUUCUUUUGGUUUCUCUGUGAUCUUUUUGGAAACAGUUAUGAUAGCAUUGUAAACAAGCCCACAAAAGUUCCUCUCCUGGUUUUUUGUUUUCUUUUUGUAAACUGAUUUGUGGUUUUUAAAUAAUCAAGCGGUGUAUAAAUUUCAUGAAAUAAAUAAAUAAAAAUAACACAGCCAGCAAGGCUGAUGGAGCCUUGUUAUGGCGGGUGAGUUCUAAACCAUUAGUGCUGAGAUGUUCCUCCUUCAGGGAGUACAUUUUUUCAUGCUGUUUCUAAAGAAGCGGCAACAGGAAAAUCUCUCCACAAGCCAUGCUUUUCAAUGCAUCUCUCUUCCAUUUGUCAAAGCCAUGUUCCUAGAAACAUAAACAGUGAAUGGAAGCUAAGUAGCUGGCUCAGAAGUACAGAGGGUGAAUUCUGCCAUAAUCUUUUGUUGUUUGAUCUCUGUGGGAAAUAGAAGCAGGAAGAGAGGCUGACAGGCUGCUUUCUGUGCGUGUAUUUAUUCUGACAUACCUUGGUGGAGCUUCUGGUUGUGUUGUUCCAUUGUCUCUCUGGUGUCCAUGUAUCUAGGCUGACCUAAGCCCUUGAAUCCCCAGACACUAUGGAUGCACCCCGCUAUGGGAUGAUGUAUUUGGCACUUGCCCCUGGAGGUGCUCAUGUGUGAACAUGCCCAUAUUUAUAGACAGGUUUUAAUCUAGAAGAGCAGGUGUUGUGUACAACAUAUAAGAAGUGGACUAAAACAUUCUGGAAGGUUUGCAAUGACAUGUAGAUUUUUUUUUUGCUCUAAUUUUGUUUUAGCACUUCAAAUAAAAACCAAAGCCAAGUGAACCUAGUGCAUAAAAUCCAAAUUGGGGAGAACUGUCCAGCAGUGUGAAGCAGUUGUUUCUGGCUCCUAAAUGUUGAUCUCAUUCCUAUAAAAGGAAGGUCUCUUUGAGACCUAAGCAUCCUCUGUCAUUGUUUUUUCAAGAAAAUAAAGCCACUUUCUCCCUUUUGAAAGCACCCCGUCUUUCCCCCCUGCAAAACAAACAAAAAUGGUUGUCCUGGCUGGGACUUACUCCAUUGCACAAUCAUUUAUCCUUUUAUGCUGUCUUUCAAAGCAGCCUUCAUUGGACACCAAACUGUUUCCCUUGAAAUGGAAGCAUCAGGAGGCUGUGCAAGCAAACAACAUUCAGAGCUGCUUCAAAGUAGACACUAGGCUUAUAAGGCUCUGGAAUCUAGUCUGUCAUCCACAUUCUAGUUUCCUAUUUUGUGCAGUACAAGGGGUGCUGACUGUAAUUGUAUUAUUAGAGCAUAAACUAGCAUCUAAGGUUUGUAGAAAUCAAUGGGACAUACGUACUAGGCAAAUGGAGGUAAGCACACAGGACUCCAAAGUGCAUGUUCUUACAGAUGCAGACUUCCACUUGCUUCACUGAGCAUUUUAACUUGUACAGAUUCACACAGUUGUCUGAAAUGCUAAGUAGAAGCUGACACCCUGAGGGCUCAGUAGCACAUAUUUCCUGGAAUUGGCAGGGUUUGGAGGAAGGCAGCACAACCCAAAGGAGACAGAGAGUGGAGCUGAAGGCAAUGGAGCUGUGCAAAACAGCAAAACAACUGUACCCACCAACCCAGAGCAGAAGGGUAUUCUCUGGUCUACAGAGGCUAGAACCCAAUGUGGCCAAAGUGAAGACACUUCCCAGUUAAAAGGGGCAAGAAUAAUAUCCAAACGCUGUUCUCUUCUACUGUGUAGCACAGGAGAAUUUAUAUUGGUCAGAUGUUCUACAUCUUUGACCUUACCCAAAUAUAAGGCUGAUCUUAUUUCAUGAGGAGAGAGGCAAAGGCUGAGAAGGAUAAAUUGAAAAACUGGUCCAAGGUGAACUGCUGGAACAUAAUGUAUAGAAUUGCUGUCACAUCAGAAUGCUUCCUCACAUUAAGAUGUGUAAAACACAUUGUGAGAUUCCCAUUUGGUGCAUGGAUGGUGCUUCGAAGAUGAAGGUUGCCAACAGAGAAAGCUCUUGGCAGAGAAGGCAGAUUUUUCUUUCAGUCUCUACUGUUGUGAUUGUAGAAGCCGAGAGGCUGAAACCAGUUUGACUGGAGAUUGCUGUGGGUAAUCGCUCUUCCCUCUAAUCACACAAAAAUGAGGAAGUACUAGAAAGAUUUUGGCUCAAAAACCUGCAGUGUUGGACAUGGCUCCACAGUGGAAAGUAUUUAGUAGAGGGUGGUUCUCUGGAUGUUGCUGGACUACAAGUCCCAUUAUCCUUGGCCAUUGGCCAUGUUGCCUGGGUCUGAUGGGAGGGCCACAGGUUCCCAUCUCUAAUUUAAUGGAAACUGUGCUUAAUAUGAACGAUGCAGUGGAUAGGGUUGCCAUAUCUCAAAAAGUGAAAAUCCAGACAGCUUUUUUGGGGCCAUAGUAGUUUUGCUGAAAGAGUUGUUGAACUUUUGGACACUGCUAACAUUGGUUGCCGUACAUCGGGAAUUUCCUGGACAUUUCACCGAUUUCCACCCAGACACUGCUUCUGGCUGCAGUAUUCCGGGUAUGUCCUGGAAAUUCCAGACAUAUUGCAACCCUGCAGUGGAUCAGAAAUGGACAAUGAUAAGUAUUGAUAAUAGAAUCCUAUUCCGCUGGCACAGCUCGGUCAUAUUUACCAUUCAAGCUGCACCUCUUAGUCAUUGGUUCCCAUAUGGAAUCUCUCUCACUUACCUGGAUGGAGGGCAGACGAAGUGUAGCAUGAAAGGUGCUUGUUGUACAUGGGUAAAAGUCUGAUCUGGUGCUCCACCCACUUUUGUUUUGGGCUCCACCCAUCACUGGCAGGUGGCCCCUGAAUUGCUGCUCAUGAGUUAGUGCAACCUUUGGACUGAGAAAGGUUCCCCAUUUCUGAUCUAGACAGAACAAAUUUGAUAGGUGCCAGUGCUAAAAUGUUUGUGGUAAAUGAGGGGUAGGGACUCCUUUUGGCCUGGAGGAGCAGAACUUUAUUUCCCUCGACUGCAUGGGCCAAUGUUUACAGGUGGGCAGGGUCGCUCUUGCUGAUCAGAUGACUGACAGGUAGGCAGGACCACUCAUCUCUCAGAGUUAAUCCAUUGAGUGGGGAGAGGGGGGGUUCAGCUAGUUGGGGUUCAGUCCUGCUGUCUGCAGGGCUCUACACCCAAUGUGACUUACGGUACAUGUAACAGGAUCCCACUCAUAACUCUGGCUAUGUAUCUAAAAAAUACAGUUUCUAUUUCAGAAGGGUAUUGAGGGGCUUAUUUAAAUUUCAAGAAAACCUUCAAGCUGUUUUCUUUGAGCUAGUUCCACUGUGACAUUUCAGCUUUACCAGUAAGCUUCAGAAACUCACCCCAUGUGUUCAGGUAUGUAAAAAAAAAUAUUCUGCCCAAGUGACACAGCAUGCAUCUGGGUUAUCUCGUGAGCUGAGGUUGGAUAUGUGGAUAGUUCUAAUACAUAGGAUUAUUUACCAGCAACUUGUGCAUGGGCACAAAUCUAACAAAUAUUUUGCAUUAAUUAAUGUACCUAUAGGAUUCAUUCUCCAAGCCAUUUUGUGGUUGCUUAAUAUUGCAUCAAGCCUGGCUUUAGCUUCAGCAUCUCACUUCCAUAAGUGAUAGAUUUUGUUCAAACAGUUAAAUCAAGGACCAAGUCUCUGUUCUACUAUACUGGAGAAAGCAGCUCUCUUAACCUCCUUUCAAGUCCUGGGAUUGUUCUCUUAAAAGCUUCCUUUUCCAACAGCACUGCAUCAUCCUCAGUAAUUUCUGAUUCACUUUGUUCUUGCUUCCCAGUAUGGCAGGAGCUUUUAACUUGCCCUGCAGCCAUUUUCCUCCUUUGCUGCAGGCAGAGGGCAGAGCAUUUUGCUCUUUUGCAAGUUUUAACUGAGCCUCAGAUAGAAGGUGCUCUCUCUCUCUCUCCCCCCCCCUCUCUCCUCCUCCCACCCCCUCUCUCCCCCUCCCACCCCCUCUCUGUGUCUUUCCAUCCAUCCCUGUGUUUCCAGAGCAUCUGAUUUCUUGGAUCAGACAGAUAAUACCAAAAAAUCUUCAUUGAUCAAAUAGUUACACUAUGGUGCUAAAUACUUUAUGUGGAAGUUAAAUAUGUUUGGAGCUUACUCUCACACCAGAAUUUUAGCUUCUCAGAGUUAAUAUGUUAAGGUUCCAACCUAGCACUGAACCUGAAACAAAUAACCUUUCAUAUUUAUUCCACACAUGUGCAAAGUUGCCUUAUGAAGUAGUAGUAGUUCAUUUUUCCUGUUUACACUUGAGAAAAUCAAGUUGGGCCUGCUCAAGGUUAUUUGCAAAAGGAUAGAUAAACUGGGAUUUCACUUCUGCUGCAGGCUGAAUGCUUUAUGCACCAAGACAUCUUUUUAAUAGCAAAUAACUGUUUCUCGUGGUCCUUAUGCACAUAUGAGGACAGGUAGCACUUGGUUUCCUGAUAUUUACACAUUAUCUGUUGCAUGUUACUUGUUAUCUGUACAGAGGCGUACCUAGGCUUCCCCCCUCUCCAUUUUGCCCCUUGGCAAGAGACCAUGUACCAGAAACUCAAAAAACUUUAUUCUUGUUGCCUUUCGUGCUCUGCCAAUGACUUCCUCUGCAGCCAUCGGGAUCGGGUCUGCUCUGCUCCACCUCUCCUCCUCCUCCUCCUCCCUUGGUUCGUCCGUCCAUCUGCUUGCCUGCCUCCCUUGGCUCACCGCUUUCCCUUCUGGCUUCUGGCUUCUUCCUUCUUUCUUUUUUCCUCCUCUUGCAACUCAUGCCCACUCUCUCCCUCUUUCUUCCCUCUGAGCCCUGCUGGGUGCCUCACUCACACUUCUAAUAGCACCACCAGUCAGCUGUGGAGGGGCCCCUGCAGGACCCAUGCCUGUGACCAGAUUCCUCUGCCAAGGUGCCCGGAAGAGCCUGUGCACCUCACCUGGCUGCCCAGAACAGCAGAGGAGUGGCCCGGGGAGUAUGCAAGCGGGUGGAGUUCUCCUAACCGCUCUGAGCCAGAAUGGAGAGAUGUGAUUUUCGCAUCUCUCUGGGUCUGUGCCCUUGGUGGCGGCCAACCUAUCUAACCCUUUGGCAUGCCUCUGUAUCUGUAUGCAUGCAGAAGAGGCCUCAGCCCUAUUUGAGUUGAAGCAGUUCUCAAAUUGGCAAGAGUGACAUCAUUUGAAUAGCACAAUGCAGAGGUUGGGGGCAGGGAGGUAUCCUUUUUUGGAUUAGUGGAGAUGUUGUGCUUACCUGCUAUACUUUUGUUUGUAAAUCCACAAAAUUCACAGUUUCCCUUCUCAACGUCUCUUGCCUAUACACAUUUAUUUUUACUGACAACUGGACUGCUUGCAUGCUUUGGUGUUGUUUUGUCACACACUGUUGCAUUCUUUCAGUCUACAGCUGCUAGAAGCCAUCUUCCCCUGCCCCCAAUAUCUCACCCAGAACCAAGGAGGUGGAUGAGAGCCAUUUGUUUAGAUGGCUACUCCCACUACCGGUCUGGCUUAUUCCAUGCCACUUCCAUUCCAUCUUGGACAGCAGAAUAAAGUAAGCUUGCAUUCAGGGCAUGGGAAAGAGAGAUUCUAUGGUAGGCAAGACUCCCCUUUGUGUUUUGAUGCCAGUACUGAGAACAGAGCUCUCUGCUCAUAAAUUUUACCAGCAUUUGUCUAAGGAGAUCUCAUCCGCUUGACAUUUGGAUUAGUUUCACUCUUCCCUAUCCUCAUGCUGAUGAAUAGGUUAGCUGUGCAGUGUGGAAUAAACAUUGAUUAGGAUAAGUGGACUGUUCAGCUGAAUUACAGAUUCAACCAGCCACUUCUCAUACUUUGCUGCUUCUGCCUGUCCUUUCUUACAGAGGAGGUUGGUUCAACUGGAGCUCUGCACAUGUCCAGAAUUGUGUGUAUGGUUUUGCUUUGUUCUAAUAAUGAGAGAAUACCAUGUGAUCAUCACAGGAAGCCCCUAUUGUGUGAGGCUGCGCUGGUAUAAACUGGAGGUACAUCCAGUCACAAGGAGGUGGUUACACUGUGACCCAAUUAAUUCCAAAAUCCAGUCCAAUAGCUAAUACAUCUAACGCCUUUUUGCAUUCCCUAAGAAGUCCCAUUUCAGCAAGGAUGAGAGCACCUUGCCAUAAAUAUCUGUAUUGGCAGAGAUAUCCCUGUGUCUCCUAUGUUUCAACCUUUGGCACGACACCAAAUUAACUGAACUUGGGAUGCACCAUGAAGUCUCCACCAAUGUCCUUUGUUAUGUAAUGUCAUUUAUGUCUGAGCUUGGACCCUUUGUAAAAAAUCAGAAUCAGGGCAAAGGUAUUGGAUCAGUUUUUCCCAAAACUGGGUACAUAAAAAAAUCCCAGUUUGUUCAGCUUUUGAGGAGAUGCUUCAGGAGGCAGGAAAACCACCACUUUUCAUGUGACCAUUUGCCUUUCAUCAUUCUUUUCUCUCCUUAAGAUAAAGCUGGAUCUUUUAAGAGUGCUUCUGUAGUGACAUUUUAGUAAGACACAUAGCUCUUCUGCUGUUUAUAAAUAAUUUCAUAUUAGCAAUUUAAAUCUUUAUCCAUUCAUAAAUAAAUAUUACAGUUGCAGCAACAGUGUGGCUGUUCCUGGUUCUCUGUAGGAAAGAUGUUGUUGUUGUUUAGUCGUUUAGUCGUGUCCGACUCUUCGUGACCCCAUGGACCAGAGCACGCCAGGCACUUCUGUCCUCCACUGCCUCCCGCAGUUUGAUCAAACUCAUGCUGGUAGUUUCAAGAACACCAUCCAACCAUCUCAUCCUCUGUCGUCCCCUUCUCCUUGUGCCCUCCAUCUUUCCCAACAUCAGGGUCUUUUCCAGGGAGUCUUCUCUUCUCAUGAGUAGGAAAGAUACUAAUAUGCAAAAUCCCACAAAUUGAUCAAGGUUAUCAAAGCAAAUGCAAUUCUCUCUGUGUACAUGCGUAGUGUUAUUCAUUAUGCUUCCAGGCAUGUAUAUUCUGUACAGAUUUUCUGAUGCCCAUACAAAUGUUGCCUGUCAAAUGCUCAUUGUGGGGCAAAUCCUGACAUUCAGCUGUGAACUCUAAUCGGCACUGACCCCAUGCAGUCUGUGCGGUUUUCUGUUCUCCCUAGAAGUGGGAGAUUAUUUUCCUAGAAAACCCUGCUAUUCUUGCAAGGGGCGCCUUUAUGUACAUACAAAGUCCUUCAAAGAAUAUUAACAACCUGAAUGUCUUGCAGAGGCCUGGAACUGAUGAUCCGGAGCUACAGAUUUGAUCAGUUCAGGCAACCUUGGAAAGGAGAACUGUGUGAAAUGACUGAGAAACAGGCUGGAAAGGGCAUCCAGCAGAACGCUUCCCACUUGCAAAGCGAUUUGAGUGUCACCUUUCCUCGUGGCAGCACAGGUGGGGGGGGGAUAUCACAUUCUCCCUCAAAGCUGAAGCUAACUCUCUCUCAGAGGUAGGGAGGCUGUGGCUCCCCCCACUGAGGCUCACCCUGCAGUUCUGCAUUUUGGCACAGCAAUGACACUUCAAAGGCAGGUACCUGCCAUCUGUCACUGAUCUGAUCCCCCUCAAGGUAGGGCUGCCGCAACACCAAGAAGGUGACUCCAACAUUUAAGCUUUGCUCAGGGAAUUUAUUUGCUCUACGUAGGCAGGUUUAGUCAUUAAGGCUUAUAACUCUGCAAACACCUUACAAUUUGAAGUGAUUGGUCUGCCUUCCCUGUCUUGUGCCUCCUUCAUGUACAAUGUCACUGCCAUUGUUCGUGCACAUCAACAGAGCUGGUGUUUUCAUAAGUUGUAUACCAUUUGAAUAAAAUGAUUGUUUGCAUAAAGUUCCAGGAUGAGCUCAGAGUGUUCCGAAUCUCUCUCUCCCCCCCCCAAUCCUCUACAGUGGUACCUUGGGUUAAGAACUUAAUUCGUUCCAGAGGUCCGUUCUUAACCUGAAACUGUUCUUAACCUUAGGUACCACUUUAGCUAAUGGGCCUCCGGCUGCUGCUGCGCUGCCAGAACACCUUUUCUGUUCUCAUCCUGAAGCAAAGUUCUUAACCCGAGGUACUAUUUCUGGGUUAGCGGAGUCUGUAACCUGAAGUGCAUGGAACCUGAAGCAUCUGUAACCCAGGGUACCACUGUACCUUUUGGGAAAAUUGCCCGUUCUGUUGAUGGGACAAACUAGAGACAUGUCCAUACAUCUCAAGCUCCAUUUUUCUUUCUGCAAAAUCAUCUUUUUCCAAGAAGAGAUGAAGUAUUUAUAAAUACACUUUCUACGGCAGUUUAGGUUAUGCCUGCACUUGCUGUAUAGUUGAGGUCAUUGCUUGGUGUGUAUAUGAUUCAUGUCAAGCUGGCCAGGUCCACAUUGCACACACAUUCAUCCCUUCAUCUACUGAGUAUUACCUGUAAUAAGGGAAAUCGUGUCAGUGUAUGGUCUAUGAUGCAGCACAAAGGGUACAUAUCAAUCAGGAUCUGUGGUCCUCCAGAUGUUAUUGGAUUCCAACUCCCAUCAGCCACAGCCAGCAUAAUCUGUGAUCAUGGAUGAUAGAAGAUAUAGUUCAACAACAGGACCAUAGGUUCUGCAAUCCUAAUUUAUAUGGUUUAAAUAAAUUACAGGUGCGGGCUACCUUCUGAGGCAUCGUGUGUGUCAGUGAAAUCGUGUAUAUUUGAAACACCAUUGAGAAAGCCUCAAACACCCUGCCCCUUUUUGUGAAUUUUCGGGUCAUUUCUGGAUUUGGCACGAUGUGGCUGUGCACAUUCACGCACAUAUUGAACUCAUAAAUGGGGGGGGGGGUUGUCUGUAUGGUCUUUUAAACUGGAGGGGUGUAUUUUUUGUUAUGCUAUAUAUUUUUGUGUUUUUAUAUUGUAAACUACCCUAUUAUCAGAUGAAUGGCAAUAUAGAAUUCAAAUCAAUCAAUCAAUCAAUCAAUCAAUCAAUCAAUCUUGCCCCUGAACACUUCCCAUGCUGAUAACAAUAAGUGUUCAAAGGUGCUGUGAAAUGCUAAACUUCAGGUGGUACAGUUAUACACAGAGAAAAGUAUGAGCGUGUACAAUUGUACAAAUCUGUACAUAAGCCAGAGUCACACUAACACUACUAAGACACUGGUGCAAUCUUAUCUAUUGUGAAUUCCUUUUGUGGUAAACACCUGACUCAUCAGAUAAGAGUGGGUCAGCUGCAGCUACAUGGCCCUGAACUGCUUUAGGAUUACAUGGCAGAAACAUCACACAGUUUGAAUAAUUGGGAGCACUGUUGCAUUUCAGUCCACACUGGGAGUGGCAAACCUGUUGCUGGACUACAGCUCCCAUCAUUCCUGCUUAUUGGCUAUGUUGACUGGGGCUGCUGGGAGUUGAGAUCUAACAACAUCUGGAGGGUCAGUGAACUCCACCCCUGGAAUGGGAUGGAAUAACACGGCAAAACAAAACAUACAAAAUACCACAUUUCAAUACUAUCAAUAUAACAAGAUUGUUUAAACAACAUGCUGCAUCCAAUAGAAAAAGUAAGAAGGGAGUUUCACAGGUUCACCUUAGUCCUAGAAGCACUCCUCUCAUAAUGUUACUCACAGUCCCUCUCCUGCAGCAGCUUCUGAUAAGGCUUCCAAAGCCAAAGGGUGGGGUGGGUUCAAGUUAGAGCUUCCAGAUAACAGUUGCAGGCACAGAUUGACAAAGUUUGCUGACUAACAGAAGAAACUAGAAUAUAGUAUAUAGAAUGCAAAUGCGAAUAUUGCAGUGGUAUCUGCUACAAUUUGCUAUUUUUUGCUCAAAUACUCAUCCGCUCCUCCUGUUGCUUUCAGUUUCCAGCAUAUGCUAAGGAUUCUUUCUACCAAUGCUGAAAUAGUUCAGCAAAAUGUAUUGGAGCGGGGUGAGGCAUACCCUUUGUUAACAUAUUGGCAAAUAGAAGAAUGAUGCUAAGAAGUGGAGCUCACAAGCCCAUGCUUUGCAUCAAGAUGACUUUUUGGAAGACAUUGUUUUCUCCUGCUGAGCUCCCUUCCCUCCCAGGUUAUGAAUCAGAUCACACAAAAAGUAAAGUUUGUGUAAUAAACCAACCAAUAUCAAAGGACCAGUUCACAUGUGUACAUGUGUCAUUUGAUGAUGACGCUAUGUGAAUGAGCCAUCCCAGAUAGUACUUCAAUAUGGAAGUUUUCAAAGGGAAUCAGUUCACAUAUUUGGUUGCAAGUCAUCAAGUGAUAGAAAAGAAUUAAAUUAUGUCUAUGCAGAUGUGAACCAGCAAAUAAGAUUCUUUGGCUCCUUGUUAUUGCAUGUUAAUUGGGUUUCAUUUUUUUUUUUUUAAUGCUCAAUUUCUGUCACUUUCUUCUCGCAGAUCUUGCAUUCUAACAGCAUUGUCAUUGUCACGCUCCUGUGAUCCCUCACAGAUUUUUACUACACUCGCAUCAUAAACAACAAUAAACACGAUUUUCCAGCUGCACCUCUCCAACUGAGCUGAAUUUUGAGUGGUAUUAUUCUUAUUUUGACAUGGUACCUUCUAACCUCCAAACAGCUGUGACUUCUUUUUACAGCAGCCUAGUUAGUAAUCAGGAGCAAACACUGGUAUUUUGCAAGGGAGAGAAAACACUGAUAAACCAGAAGUGCCUUUCACCUUCUUCUGCCACAGGCAUUUAAAUGACCAGGAGUGGGGAGGGGAAAUGAUGGUUGUGAAAGCGGGAGGGCUCAGGACUCACUGCCUGACCUCAAACUGUCUCCCAGCCUGCCAUCCCUGCUCAGAACUGGCCUUCUGGUGACUCAGCCUGAGCAGUUCUAGGUAAGGGAUAUAAAUAGCACUUACUAUCCAGGCAGCUAUCUGCCUCAGGCAUUUGUGUCCCAAUCAAGAUUGUUGGUUUGUCCCUGACUUCCCUCAAGGGACUGUGGUUUGGAAAGCAAGUCUUACCUCCCUUAGCUCAGUGUGAUUGUGUGGAAGAAGACAUGACUGCAUAUGGCUGUAUGAAUGUGUGGAAGCAUUUUCUUACAUGUUACGAGGCAAAGUAUAUAACACUAUUUGCUCACAGUUUCUGCUUGCGUCCACACCAGACAUUUACAGCUCAUGGCUUCCUCCAAAGACUCCCUGAGAACUGUAAUGCAGGGUGCAGGGGGCUGGAGCUCUGUGAGGUGUAAACUACAAUUCCCAAGAUGCUUUGGGGAAGCAAUGUGCUGUGAAUGUACAUUGUGGAUGUGCCCCUUUCUCAUUUUCACUUAAUAGCAGGCUGUAUAUGAAGGGUUGGAACACAAUAUUGAUCAGUUUUCAGUAGGAGUUUAGGCACUUGUCCGAAAGGAGUGCUUUGCUAUGAAAAUGUGGUACUCUGAUAACAACUGGAGGAAAUUCAAUUGGUUUUUCACUGCAGCUUGGACAAGGCUAGGGUUAAAUUCCUUUGGGCGUAUUACAGUUUGCCUCGGUAUAUUUAUAUAUGGUUUUCUGCUUCCUUCAGUGCUCCCAUAGGGAAUGAGGACUCGCACUCUGAAGCAGUCAGAUACUGAUUCAGUUUAUCCACCUUCCCUUUCAUUCACUCGCCCACACACCUCGGCUCCUGAAAACAUGCAUUUCCAUGGUAUACUUGAAAUUCCCCUUGAAAAAUAUGGGCUUUGUAAGUUGGAAGGAAUCUUCCAUAAUCAGUUUUCACCGUUCCACAGAGCAUAACUUCGGACUGCAUUUCUUCUGCAUGCCCUGUUCAAACUCUUGAUUGAUACCCACAACGGAAGAGUUUGGGACAUGAGGUAGCCAGAGAGAGAGACGAAAAACCAGAACAGGUCACGGUGUGCAAGCAUUAAGGCUGAAGUCCAGGUGUGUGUGUGUGUGAAACCAGGGCUUCCAGCUUACCUCCUGCUCCCCUUUGCUCAAUUCCUUUAAUGAGCCUGGCAGACUCUGGAGUUCAAGGCUGCAGCACUAAUCUGGACAUCCAGUCAGCUGACUCUGUGGGUCAGUCUCAGAGCACCAGCCUUUUAAUACCCUAGCCUCAGAACUAGCUCCUUAGUUUAAGCCACUUGACUCUAGUGUAAAGACUCUGCCUUACCUGGACUAUAUAGUUGCCUCUUUGGUAGGGUUGCCAUAUGUCAACAAUGUUUCUGUUCGGAUUUUCACUUUUUGAAAUAUGGCAACCCUAUCUUUGGUUCUUGUUUGCUGCUCUGAACCUUGGUUCUUGCCUGCUUUAGACUACACUUGGGGCCAGCUCCUGGGAUCCCAGAACAUGACAGCUUGAUGCCUAUGCUUUCUGGGGUCUAAGGGACCAGAUAGUGUUGGCUAAGACAUCUAGGCUGCAAUGCUGUGCCUACUUACCUAGAAGUAAAUCCCACAGAACUCAGUCAGACUUAACUUCUGUGUAGAUAGGCAUAGGAUUAUGCUGCCACUUAGGGAUAGCUGUGCUGCUAUUUUGUGGGUUGCUUUGGCUGUGAAGGCUAGAGAGAGACCUCUUAGGAUUGACCUUAGAAUUCGUAGUCCACCUUCACGAGAGAAAACAUGCUUAUGCAAAAGGGAGCAGCUUCAGGGGCCCAGUGAGUGGCCUGGGAACACCCGAGGCUGCAGAAUUGCUAGUGUCCCUCGGAUGGGAAACCAGUAGAAGCUGUUUGUAAGAACUGGAUAUAUAAGCAUAAUCAAUCUUUCAAAUGGAAAGCGGUUUCAGAUGUCAUCACACUCACAGUAAAACAGUUUUAAUGGGAACUUGAGAUGCAGCAGAUACUGGAUCAAUGAUGACAAAAAGCCAGCAGUGGGGUUUUUUGUUGUUUUUUUAAAAAAGAUUCAUGUUGAAGGCAUUGAGAUCUAGUAAGGAUGCCCAUAAUCAACAUGGAGGAAAAUUAGAGUUUCGUUUUUGAACAAAGGUCCCUAUACUUACAAGGUGCAGCUUCUCUCCCCCCUCCCUCCCCCUUCGGUGUCCCCUGAUCUGGGGUAUUAUUGGUGUCUAAAGAUCACACACACACACACACACACACACACACACACAGUAGAUGGUUGAUGGAAGGAUACUUAGUGAGAGGCAGGGAAGGGAAGACUUACUCAGGUGAAAGACUGGGAGAAGAAAGGAAAGCUCCCAGGUGAGAGGUGAGAGGGUCCACCACUUCCUGGGUGAGACAAGGAUUAAGAACUACCUUUGAGAGAGGACUCUGCAUUUUCUUUUCUCUUUCUCUUUCUCCUUCUUUUUCUGUUUUUGUUUUCCUUAGUUUCUUCUAUCUUACUGUAUUAUGAAGAAGCUUUAAUAAAAUAUUAUUUUUUAAAAAGAAAGCUAGUACUGUAAAUAGGUUUGGGCCAGUUAGGAAUACUCCCAAUUUAAGCAAGGUGAACUUGUACUCAAAAUAUUUACUGCCCAAUUUGCAGUUUUAUCCAUUAAUUUAUAAUGUUGAUCCAGGGAAUAGCCAUUCAGUAAUUUUUGACCCAGCCAAAGGAAUGACUUCCGCAUAGGCAACAUUGAGAGCUGUGCAGUUUUGGGCAGCUUGAUUUACAACUUGAAACUUAUGAGGGAUUUAUAUUAAGCAGCUAGCUAGAACCUCUGUUUAAUUUGUUUUUGUGGUUAAUGGCAUGAUCCUAGUCAAGCUUAUCAUAAUGUAAGGCUCAUGGAAUUGAUUAGGACUGACUCCCAAGUAAGCUCAAGGCUCCAACCCUAAAUACACUCCCAGGGGAGUAAGCACGAUUAAACACAAUCGGACUUCUGAGUCAGCAUGCGUAGGAAUGAGCUGUUAAGUCUGUAAAAGCACCUCAAACCUGACAACUUUUUGGUAGUUAGUUAUGUUUGUUUCUUUAAUGUUGCUUUACGAUUUUGGGCCCCCCACAAUAUCCCUUUGUCAUAAUCAUGUACGUAUAUAUAUAUUUCUUUGUAAUAAUCCAUUUAAAAUUUCAAACUAUUGCAUUAUAAAAAUUCUGUUUGGCUUAUUUUGAAAUGCAUUGGGUUUGAGAAAUGUAACAUUCUGCUAACAAAAUUCACUCUCUCUAUGAAGAGGAGAGGAAACACCGAGUAGCAGGUCAUGCCUCCCUUAUCUUCCAGUAUGCUUCUGAAUACCAGUUGCUAGAAACCACAGGCGGUGGGUGGAGGAGGAAUGCUGAUGCCUUCAGGCAUCUGAUCAGCCACUGUGAGACUGGGAUGUUGUACUAGAUGGGUCAUUGGCCUGAUCCAGCAGGCUUUUCUUAUGUUCUUAUGGCAACCUCAGGAACUGUGGGAAAACUGAGAACUGCCUUAUCUGACAAGGAACUCCUGGAGGAAGCUUGCAAUGCUAAUAGGGGACUGGUGCUUAACAGUACCUAUCUUUUCAAUAUGUAUACUGUCUAGAGAUAUUUUUUAAAAGUGUACUGCCUGUUGGGGUGCCUUGCAGGUCUGCGUCCUCCUAAAGCAACAGCUCAGAGCCAUAUCAAACAGCUCCACUAUUUCAAAUAAUUACUAUGUGUUCUCCACCCAUGCUUUCAAUUGAAUUGCCAGCAUGACAAGAGGCUUCACAAUAUCUUUUCCUUUCUGGCCCAAUGAAGAACAUUAUCAACUUGGUGCACAAACAAGUUAAGUUAGAACACAUGGGCUGAUCCCUCUACAUAUCCCUCUUGACGUCAGUAGUGGGACUAAGGCUACAAACCUUCGCAUUCUUACUUGGGGAUAAGCCCCAGUGUAUGCAGCAAGACUUUCCACCAAUUAAGCAUGCAGAAGGCUCUGUCUGCACUUCAUUUUAAGGGCUCUGAUUUACCGUAAUUGAGCUGAAGAUCGGGCUCUGUAUCUUUUGAAUCUCUGGGUUAAAUGUUGAUCCAUGGAAAAGUUUAAAGGCUUUCCCCCCUUCCAAAGUUGCUGCAUAUACUGGAUAAUAUUUGAAAAUCAUUUUUGGAGGCCCUUCAAAGUGAUCAACUUCCACACUCUGUCCUGAUUCACAUUUUGGUUUACUUUUGCAUUUUUCUGUUCCCAUCUUUCAGAUGUCGGACAGCACAAUAGUGAGCCUUCAGUUCAGCUGCCUCUUCCAGCGUAUCUGGAGUGCCCAAGAAACCUCUGUGGUCUUGCUUUUUAAACAGCCUGUGUUUCUUUCCCCAGAUUUGACCACUGCAAGACGUUUUAGCAGCCAUGCCCAGAACUACACUACCCUCCUGCUAGAGGAUGAGAAGGGAAUUCUUUAUGUUGGGGCCAGGGGGGCCAUAUUCUCCUUAAAUUCCAGCAAUGUUUCUGAUGGCUCCCAUCGGACAGUAAGUGCAGCUUUAUCCCACUGGCAUGUUCACAGUUAAUUCCCUUUGCAAAUUUUGGUUUCCAAACCCAUUUAGGGCUACAUUUGUACCUUCAAGGAAGAACAAGUACAGCUUUCUCUUUAUUUAAACUUUAGAAUCUGCUUUGAUUGGGGAGGGAUCAUGGCUUCAUGACUGAGUCAGCAAAUGGCCAAUCCGUGCUGUGCAUAUCAAAUUUCUGCUCUAAAGUAGAAGACUAGAUUUCACCCCGAAUCUUACUGCAUAUGUGUAAAAUAUGUGAUGAGUGCAUUUCCACAGCAGACUCACUGCUGGAAUAAUGUAUACCUGCAUGCAGCCUUUGUUACAUUAGAGUCACCAAGAGAUGCACUGAAAACAAUCUGUUCUGAAAAUUAAAAAUGGAUGCCUCUGUCAUCAAAUCUAGUUUCCACAACCGAUAUAGACAGAUAUGGACCCUUUUGUCUGCCUCGCAUGUUAGUGGAAUGGGCUGGGGCCAACCCUCACUGGUAGUCAAUGGGUUCCUGAACUACAGCUCCCACCAUCCUUGACCAUUGGUCAUACUGGAUGGGGCUGCUGGGAGUUAGAGUCUAACAACACCUUGAGGGCACCAUAUUGGCUCCCCUUGCUGAAGUACACAAAGGUCCUUUAAAAUACCUGGAAGUCUCUGGUGCCUCUUACCAGGUAUAACAUUUGUUCACUCUCCUUUGAGGCCCUUUAUCUCAGUACAGUUUCUUUUCUGUGCCCUUGUUUUUUAUGCAAAAUGGGAAGGGAGCUCUUGAGCCAUGUAAAACUGAAAACAGCAGCCACCCUCUACUGAAAACCACUUGCUUUUUUGGUCUCCUUCCCUCUCCCUUUCUCCCUGCUGCUUCCUUAUGGUAUUUGUAACAGCCAGGUUCUCAUUUCAGCCAAGGACCUUUAAAAGCAAAUGGGCUACAAAAAUCUGCAGAGCUCCCCCGCUUUGCACUUAAAUAAAUCCACUUAUUCUGGGGGAAGGCGAAGUGUGAACUUUGAAGAGCUCUUGUUGAGUUUCAUGGGGCUUGCUUCUUAAUGUCACGCUCCACCACUAUUUCCUGGGCUGGGAUGCCCCAGUGAAUAAUGAUCCUGCUUUGUGUUUAACUUUGUAGAUUGAUUGGGAAGCCUCUCCUGAGAAGCGGGGAGACUGCCUGAAAAAGGGCAAAAACAACAAGGUAUGUGCUCCACAAGUCUCUGCCUUUUUGUCUCUCUGCCUGUGCUUCUGACCUGUUUGUGCCUGUAGCUGAUGAACACGCCAUUGUCAGGACUCUUGUGCAAAUGACACCCUCCCUUCCUCUUUUACAGACAGAGUGUUACAACCAUGUCAAGCUUUUGCAACGGCUGAACACAACCCACCUGUAUGCCUGUGGCACAUAUGCCUUCCACCCGCUCUGCACAUACAUUGUGAGUAAAAGAAGCAAAAGAAUCUACUCCAUUGCCUUGUUGGGAAGUCCCUCUUUGCACUGAAACUGACUGACAGGCAGAAACCAACUGAAAAUCACUCAGAUUAACUUUUCUGCACAUGGAACUGAUUGUAGAUGAACUCUAUAGUCAGGUAUCCAGGACAACAAACCAAUCCCAAAUCCUGGCUCCUGUGUCAGUAAUUCCUGCCAAGGAACGGAAAGGUCAUGAAGACCAGAACUAAUUUUUACUGCCUGCCAGAAGGAGGGAGGUCUGUGGGGAGGCUCUCCCUUCCUAGUGUUUUGUUCUCCAAGGCUGGCUGUUGAUUUCUGGGAAGCCUAAGAACCUGGACUGAUGCUUUAAGGUGCCUUGCCCAUGGGUUUGCUAACAUACUGUCUGCAUAAAGAACCAAAGGAAAAGGCCAACCCUACCAUUAGGCAAUGAGACAACCAUCUCAGGUGGCCUAGUGUGGGGGCACUGAUUAUUUAUUAAUUAAAUUUCUAUAUUAGUUUUUAAUAUAUAAUAUAUGAUCAUUCAAAUUUCUAUGACAGCAGCCCCUUCCCCCUCUUCCCCUCUGUGGAGGACAGAACUGUGUGUGCCCAGUGCCAGUCUGGAAAUAAGAUUCAACUGUCAUUUGACUCUGCUUCUCUACAUGGGAAGGGGGUGGCAACUUGUCUUUCAUCAUAGGCAGACCCUGAGAAGCAUAAGCAUGCCUUUCUUUCAUUUCUUUAAAUUCACAUUCAAUGUGUUAACAUUGGGAUGCUUUCUUGCUGUUUGGCAUAGUGGAUAGAAUAUUGGACUGGAACCUGGGAAAUCAGGUGGGGAGAACCUUGUCAGUUUAGGCAUCUCACCAGAACACUUUAUUCUGAUGAUCGAGGACUUUAAACUCAUACCCCUGCUCUGUUGCCAAUACUGCAAGUGACUUAUAUGAACUUUCCUCUACCACCCAGUAGUGUUUCCUGCAUCAUGCUUAAAUCAGCAGAGUCAAAAAGCUAAGGCUUACUAUUUUGUUCCAAAACUAAUUGUUGGAGCCAACCUAGUGCAAUUUCACUUUCCAGGGCUAGACCACCAAUAGGAAAAUGUCCAGGUUUGGCUUUGCCAAUGAUUGUCCCCCCCCAAGUUUAUUUUUUAUUUAAUUAUUGAUUCGCGUGCCACACUUAACAAUGCAAUCCUUUGUAAGUUUACUCAGAACAAAGUCUCAUACAGAUCAAUGCUGCUCACUCCUAAGUAAAUUUAUUUAAGGAUGCAACCUUAGAAUUCCAAUAAUGCAGCAGGUAGCUAUUAUUGUGAUGUUUUGAGUGUUAGGGUCAAAGAUCAGAAAGCAAGUAUGUAGUCUUCUGUCAUUGACACCAACACAUGAUAUUUUAGAUAAAUUUGUCAAAUGAUAAUUGAACAUCUCUCUGGAAAAUAAAGUGUUAUUUCUUCCAGAGUUAAAGAGUAGCCAUAUUUUCAGGAAGAGAGAUUAUAAAACCAAUGGCAUCAACUAUUGGUCAUGCUGGACAAAGAACAUUGUGAUUGAUUCUGUGGUCUAAUUUGGCCGUUCUGCAGAGAGCAUUCCACCUUUAGAUUGAUCACAUUGACUAGAGAACCUCUCUGUACUAGUUCCUCAGCAUGUUUAUUCAGGAUGUCAGAGUCCCACCAGCCCUCAUUCUUCGAAACAUGUUGCUCCCCAGAGUCCCAGCAGUCAUAGAAACAAGGAGGUAACAUCCUUUAUUGAACUAAUCAUCUAUACUGGCUAACAAAGGUGCUGUUCCCCCUCCCCCCUCAAUUUGCAGCCUCUAGAUACCUGCCACCUGUUCAAACAGUCAUUUAGAUGGAUCAUCUUCUAUUUUAAUAACAUUUUCUAUAAUCCAGAGCUUGCCCUGGACAGUCUCAUCUAUCUUGUGCUCAUUUUUGUGCCUUGCCACAUUUCUGCAUUCCAUUUUUAGCUUCACAGCCCAAUUGCCUCUCUUCCUGCCUCUCUGUGUAAAAUACACUUGGGUUAGAACCAGUUACAGUGGCGCUACCCCAGCCUCAGCUUAAACUGUGAUACAUGUGUGACCUUUGAAUACCUUCUUCAAAGUAGCUGGGCUUUGUGAAGCUUGUCCCAGAGGUCUCCUUUCCAAAGCAAGCCAGGCAGCUUGAAAGAGAACACAUUGAUAGCAUUAGCCUCAUCUCUGCCUAACUAAAGGCUUAAAUCCAUCAGUUAGGGUUGAAAAUCUGCUCUGGCCAAGACAUUUUCCACACAAGCUGCCUCCUUUUUAUAUCCAUUAUCUCUGAAUCACACCCAAAGCCUACCUGUUCUGAUACUGAUUGGGCCAUAAGAGGCUCCUGAAGGAUAGCUACCCUCACAGACUUUGCUGUUUAGCAGCCCCUUCAUCCACCUCUUCUUUAUUGUUCUUUGCUUUGCCAGUGGAGUUGUUCACUUUUUAAAAAAGCCAUCAGUACCAUCCAUCACUGAUGGUUUAAUAAUUUGCUCUGUGCCGCCCCCCCUCCCUGAGCACGGGUUUUCUUUAUAAUACCUGUUCUCAAAACUGUUAAAGAAUUCCCUGCAUUCCUGCUCUUUUCUUUACAAACAAACCCUCCACAAGUGCCUGCUGCUCUCAUCUGAGCACCCUCCAAUGCAUUAGUCUCCUGCUGGAAAUAAGUUGUUUGGAAAAGAGCCCAGUAUUUUUGACUGAUCUAUGGAUUCUAUGAACAGCAGGAAAAGGUGCCAUUUGUUAGCCAGCAGCAGGUUCUGCUACUCUCUGCUGUUGGAAUGCUGCAAUCAACUACAGUCCUCUUUAUCUUUUGCUAUCUACCUCGCUUUUCAAAAAAUAUCAAAUGGUGACCAAAAAUAAAAAUAAAAUAAAAGAUUAAAAAAUAAAAUAAAAUAAAGAUUAACUCUAACAAGAAAACAAUGUAAGAGAAAACCAAAACAGCAGCAAAAUGUAAAGCCAGUGGGAAGACCAAAAAGAAAGAAAACCCAGUAACAACAUUAGAUUCAGACUGAUGCUAAAACACACACAAGCACAGUCUGCCAAAACCUGGAGGUCUUCAUGGACUGGUGAAAGGCAAGAAGUUCUCUGUGCUCACCUGCCUUAUCUUGGGUCAGCGCUAAGCUGAGGCUCAGAGUUCAGCGUCUAUAUAUUGGGAUCCAUGUUUGUACAAACUGCUCUCCCAGGUUAGCUUGCACUUUGAACUGCACACCACACCCAGAGCCAAGAAUUAUAGUUUAAUCAGAAUCCUAUCCAAGAAAUGGUCCUGCUUCUUUUAGCUAAAAGUUCAGAUCCAACUGACUGAAGCUCCUGAAUCACUAAAAAAUGAAAUAAGAAGAUUUGGACCUGAUCCCUGGCUUGUUUUGUACAACAGAGGGCUACCCUACAAAUGGAAAAUUGAACAGGAUCUCCUCCAAAGACUGGUGAAAUUGAGCAGGUUCAGGUGGGAGGCAGCAGUGCUUGAGUUAUCUUGGUCCCAUCUAUUUAGGGCUUUAUGGUGAAAACCAGCGCCUUGAAUUGCACCUGGGAGCCAGUUGGUGGUUCAGUAAUUGGAGUUGUCUGACAUGCACACUUAACUUGCUCCAUUAGUCACAUAGAUAUCAAGACUUUAAUUCUGAACAAGCGUACAUAGGAUCAGGCUUCUUCUUUGGCGCUUGGUAUUUGGAUUCCUUUUAUAAUCAGAGGGAGUUACUGUAGUUAUUUUAGGAAAGGAAAGGCAGAGAUCAGUGAAAACAUUUCCAUGAAGUUGGAAUAAAGCUAUGAUGUAUUCUCAUCAGUGUUUGCGUUUCAGUGUAAACACACUUCCUUCACUGACACCAGCUUAAAUGGGAUGGGGUGUGGGGAGGAAUCAAACAUGAAAGAAGCACACAUAAAACAAAGGACUGUUUAUAUUCUUAGUGGAGGAUUGGAUGGUUUGAUUGCCCAAAAUAGAAACUGAAGUAACUGGACACAGUUUAUCACCACCUCAAUGCUUUGAAUUAAGAUAAGUGUGUAUUUGUGGUAAGCCACUUUGGACACAGCUCACUGUGGAAAGGUGGCAUAUAAAUAAAUAUUUCACCAAACAUCCAGAUUCUGUUGCGUACAUUGUGAUGGUACUCAUGCAGGUUUCUAAAUCAGUGUGAUGCAGAGCACAGCUUUAAGUUUUGGAAGUGGCAGAUGUCGGUUUUAGAUCUGUGCUAAGCCUUGAACUUCCAUGCCUGUGGCAGCCCAGUGGGUGAUCUCCAGAGAUUGUUGUGAAGAUAAUGAUAUAAAAAUGGCAACAAGUUGUAAUGCCCAGAGCAUGAGUAACGAGCUGGCAGUCCCUGAUUCACAUCUCAGCUCAUCCUUGAAUUUGUUGGCUCAUCUGAGCUAAGCCGUUGUUCUCUGAACCUUGACCUCUCAUCUGAACAUUGGGCAUAAUACCACCAACCUAUAUGACAAGCUGCUGAAGAUUACUGCGGAAUCGUCAACUAAGUGCUGAGAAAAAACAACUGUGCUUUUAAAUGUACGGUGUGGAGGUGGCCUAGACCUAGCAAUCAGCGCUACUGGAACUUUAGCUCAGUGGGAGAGUCUUGGGCAAUGAGGGUUGUGAAGGAAUGAGUGUCUUUGCCACAAAAAGCAUUCCAUUGUUACCUUUGGAGAGCAGGAUCUAACGGGCCCUGAAGACCUGUCUCUUCUCUUCCCUCCGAAAGAACUGUCCUACUUGUUUGUUUCCAAGCGGAGGCCUUUGGUCUUCAGGAUCAUCAGAGGAAUUGAUUACUUUAAUGGAUGCAAGCAAACCCUGUGAUCCCCUGCCCAGAGGUUGAUCUGUUUCUUCUCUUUGUGUUCUGCAGGAUACCAACAAGUUCACACUGCCCUCUCACUUUGAGGAAGGGAAGGAAAAAUGCCCUUACGACCCUGCCCGGGGCUACACAGGUCUCAUUGUGGGUAUGUACGUGCUUUCUCCUCCAUAUAACAGUUCGGCUUGGAAUCCAGCUGGAGUGGGAAGAGCAGGCAGUGCCUCCUUUGAGUGGGGGUGUGGUGCCCCAGUGGAAGGCCAUGCUCGCUCGUCAUCCAUCACCUGAGGGCCCACUGCAUCUCCAUCUCCCCCAUCCCUUCCAGCACUUAAGUUUCCUUGGUCUUUUUGAUGUCAGAGCAGCUGUAAUCUCCCUGCCUGUGCAGCACCUCGGCCUCGCUAGUCACAUGGUGCGGCUGCUUCUCUUCCACUCUAAAUGUGGCCGGAGUCAUAAACCAACCAGGUGCUGCUGCAUGACAAAAUGACAGGGAAGUCAUGGGUAGGGGAUGCUCUGGUUAUUCCUUGAAUGUUCUCUUGGUGCCUAGCUCUGUAAGGGAGUUAUUAUGCACCGGCACACACAAUGGCCAAAGUCAAUAAAUCUCGGGAGCGGGUGUGUGGUUGUUAUCAAGGGUGUGCUCUUCCUGCUUAGAGCAGGGGCAGAAGGGUUAGCUUAACAAGGAAAGAAGCCUUUCGGGCCAAGCUUUGUUAGAGGGAUAUUGAUCAGACACAUCCGUGAGCAAAACCAUUCAGAAAACUGGCCUUUCCUUACUACUUUUCCUGCAUUGUCUCGCAGAUGGCAGUUUAUAUACGGCGACGCGCUACGAAUUCCGCAGCCUGCCAGACAUCCGACGCAACAGGCACCAGCGGAUUCUGAAGACUGAAGAAUCCCCCUUGCACUGGUUGAAUGGUAAGCCCCAGUAAUCCCAGAGCAGUACCUCUGGGAUCUCUUGUCUCUUCCCACACUGGAGGUGGCGGGAGUCUUGUGUUUGUAAGGCCCUAGGUAGUGGUGGUACUCUUCCCAACUCUGAAGCCAGAGCGUGUCCUAUUCCACUGCAGAAAGGAGCCUAACUGACUCCUGGAUAGAUCUGAACCCAGUUUGUUCCUGGUUCUCCUCUCUGUUGCCUAUCCCAUAGCCAUGACACCCAGGCUUGAGAUCAUUUAGAGUUGCUGUGUGCCUCCUUUGGUAGCUCACCAUCUAGUGACACCAUCUAGUGCCUCCUUUGGUAGCUCUCCUCUAAAUAUUGUGCCAACCCUUUCCCUCUCUCCUUGGUGUUUUCAGAUGCUGAGUUUGUGGCCUCUGUGCUGGUCAGGGAGAGUGUGCGCAACCCUGUGGGCGAUGAUGACAAGAUCUACUACUUCUUCACCGAGAGAGCAGGAGAGGAGAGCACUUCUGUAUUUGACAAGGCACAAGUGCCCAGAGUAGCCAGGGUGGCUCGAGUGUGCAAGGUAAAGAGAUUGGUGUGUUGGAAAAAGCUUGAGUGUGCUGAAGGGCACCAGGAGGAUUAAUUCAGAAUUUUAUCUAGAAGUGCUUGGUGGUAGUGGGGAGACUCUUUCUCCUCAUUUAAAAAUGCCCCUCUAAGCCCUAUAGUUACGGAGUCAUUAAUUUAAAAGGGAGCUUGGGAUCAAAUGAGAUGUGUCAUGGAAGAUCUCUUGCAGGACAUCCUGAUAUCUUGGGUUAAAAGUAAUUGUGGGGGUAAGCUUUGAAUCAAGGAUGUAGUCCUAGGCAAGGGUUUUUCCCCCAGCUGUUUCUCCCUGUUCUAUUUUGACAGCUUUAUCCCUUGCAAAAGUAUAUGUUGGUGUCCCCCCCCCCCGUCUUUUCUUCUUCUUCUCCCCCAUGGCCUGGCAAUAUAGAAAUCUAAACAUUUUUUUAAACAAGUCAUUUCUAGUCUUUUAAAAAAAUAACAGUUCAGAAAGGUCAAACAAAAACAUUACUCUUGAAGUGGUGUUUAUACACUGGACCUUUAGGGACACAUGGCUGACUUUUUACAUUCAAAGAAAAAGAGCUAGGCUAUGCAGAUAAGUAUCAUCAAGCAACACUAGAAAAAACCCAGGUGCUUGGUUGCCCAAGUGCCCAAACAUUAGAUAAUGGCACCUGAGGAUCUCGAUCAUAGAGCCAACCUUGCAUGGGACAGACUACCUCAAAUUUUAAUAUUUAAGAGUCGGAAUUAUGCACACACAGUGGCGUAGCGUGGGGGGUGCAGGGGGGGCCGGCCACACCGGACGCAACAUCUGGGGGGGAGCACGCUCGCACUCGCAGCUCUCUGCCCCUACUAAAAUCCACGGGUUAGGGGGCGCAAAUUACUUGCCUUGCCCCGGGUGCUGACAACCCGCACUACGCCACUGCGCACACCCACCCAUCUCUGACAUUAUGUAUAAAGAGGCUCAGGCAACUCAUAUAUAUGAAUCAGUCACCCCAAGAAAGGCUAUAGGGAGAGGUAGUAACUCAUCCAAGUUAUGAAUGAAUGAAUGAAGACCCAAAGGCCCUUUUUCCUGGUAGGGUGACCAGAUGGCUCCUGCACAUUUAAUAGUUGUGCGCAAGAGAGAAAUUCAGCAGAUGCAGCUUGCUUUUUCACCUGAAUGCUGCAUAUGCUGGCAGGUGAUGCUCAGGCCUGGUGUGUAUCUUCAGUUAAAACUAGAGUUGAAUAUUUGACUAAAGGGAGCAGGGCCACUUCUUAAGCAAGAUCCUGAUGGGGUGCAGUGCACAGAGCAACUUGAGAGGUGCAGGCUGAAGUGCAGUUUGGUCAGCCAUGCAGCCCAGUAUGUAGCUGUGGGGGCUUGAGCCUCAGCUUUAGCCCUGCAUGGACCUGGUGCUUUGCUUCAGCCACCUGUAGAUUCCCUUUGCACGCUGCCAAGCCCUUUAUUGCUCAAGUUCUAGAUUGCAAAGCCUUAUUCACAAGUUUUAUCUGUGGCAAAUAUAACCAUGAUUAUCCCUGUUAGCCUAUUACUGUUCUAUCCUGAUUACCCUGUUGCGUCUCUUGAGAUGGGUAGUGUCCAUGGCUAAAACCCCUUUACAGCCCCUUUGUGUUGUUCACUGCUGUAGCAAAACUAACUACUGGUGCUUAGGUGCCACAAAGCAUCCAAAAUGAAAGGAAGAGACAGUGUUGUACAGAGGGCUGAGUUUGGACCAGGGAGAUUUGCAGUAUGAUCCUAACUAGGGUUGCCAUAUGUCCUCUUUUUCCAGGACACGUCCUCUUUUUCAUGGGUAGAGUGGUCAUAGUGAUCCAUAGGUAAAAGUAGAAGUCGGCAAAUGUGUCUUUCCCCCCCUCUCUCUUAAAAAUACAGCAACCCCAAUAUGUUUACCCAGAAAUAAGCCUCACCAAGUUCAGUGGGAUUUAGGGGGAAACACAUGUGCUUGGGAUAAAAAACCUAGGUCUGCUCAGCCAGAAAACUCUAGAGUCUGUAACUCUGAACCUGGCCUAUCUCACAGGGCUAUUGCAAGGAAAAUGUCAAAUGGUCCCUUGGGCACUCCUUGAGAAGAGCUGUAGCUCCAGUGGGAGGGAGGCUAGCUAGAUUUUUUUAUCCUGGGUAAAACCUCCAGAGGGGCACCAUUGAGGAUCUCAGACUCUGUGUGUGUGUACACAAAUGCACAUGGGGAGUGCCAAACUGGGUCUUAAACCCGGGUGAAAGAAAACCUAGUUUUGCCCUUGCCUUGAGGGUGGUGGCAGGCUGGGGGGGGGAUGCAAAUGUGAUAAAUGAAAAGGGCUAACCAAACCAACUGCAGUAUACUGCAAGGACGAGCACUGAAUCUCUUCUGCAUGUGAUGCCAAAGCACAAAUAGCUCAGAUAGAGGUGAUACAGGCUUCUGUCUGUGCUCAUGGCAAGGUGCCCUUGGCCCCAGAAUGAGCCCUAUCACUCUAGUGACUGCGGCAGUUAGCACUGGAGUUGGUGCUCACGAGGUUUUUGAGAGAGAGGCUUGUCAAAGCAGAAGUCCUUCCACUGGGUCUCCUCUAGGUGCUGCCAGCUCUGCUCAGGGCUUUGCAGUGAAACCCAUGUUCCCAAGGAGGCUAUGCUGCCCACCCCCAACCUCUUACGAAUGCAAGCCUUGAAAAGCCAGAGUAUGCUUGAAAGCCAGAGUAUUCCAAGUGCAUCUAAGUGAGGGCAGGGCAGAGUCAACAAGGCUGCAUGGGAUCCAUCUUUCAGCUGUUCUGACAGAUGGUUCUGGGCCCCGGGAGCAUCCAGGACUCUGCUUGUGGCUCUGAAUUUAUGCAUCAGUCACCUUGGCUGGUUAUACCUCAGUCCUUGUAACCAGGGCAGCAGCAGCAAAUUGGAGCAGGCAGGCAGGGAGAGAGAGAGGAAUGGGAGAGUGAGCUUGGCCACGAGAGAUUUAAGGAGCUUGAGAUGUGUGCCUGAUCACAAGGUUAAGAGGCUAUUUGAUUACUGCACAUAAGUAUGUUCCCAGGGAGAAAGCGCUGGGAGGGAGGCAGAAACAAGAGUCAGCAGCAGGAUGUUAAAACUAUGUACAAUCAAAUUGGAAACCAGGUUCUUACGAACAGAAACAAAGCAACAAGGGAGAUUAGCGCCAACCGUUUGUGAAAGGGAUGUGCGCCAUUACACCCAGAGCCCUGUGUCUUUGGCAUCAGGUGUUGCUUGUUUUCUCCAGGGCCUGAGGCUUCAGUUGCAUCUUGGAAUGAGAACGGUCUUAUCCGGAAUACACAAGCUCCCCUUGGCAUUGUGCUCUGAUCGCUGGGUUUUGUCACUACAGGGGGGAGGGGUGAUCAAGCCUCACACAAUCCUCCUCCAAACACUGGUCUUGCUGUGUUUGACUCACAGGGAGGCAGAAACACUUGCUUUCAGAAAGAUCAGCCCAGAUUAGUUACCCUAUUAUAGCACUGAGAGAUGUUCAGGGGGCUCGUUUUACAGUAAUUUUGAAAAAGUAUUGAACCUUUCCUAGAGUGAGCUAAGUUGUUAAUCCUGGUUUGUUAAUAGGCAGUUGUUUUCAGACGCCAUAAGCAGACCCAUGUAGUUUCCCAAGUGUUGUGCAUUUAAAUGAUUUUGAUGUAAAUGUUUAGAAGCUGCUGAUCUGUUUCAGUAAAGCUCCAACUGAAGAUGAGUCAGAGCCAUCCUAGAAGACCUUGGUCCCAGCUUGGACCAAACCAACAUUAGUGCAGAACGUUCUGUUCACAUAUAGAAUUCCCCUUGUUUAUGCCCACAGUUUCCACAGGGUAGACCUCUUGCAGCAAAACCAACAAAGAGCCUUGAGGCACAUCAAAGACAAACACGUUUAUUAUGACAUAAGCUUUUGUGGACCUAUAGUCUGCUUCAUAAAAUAUAUGAUGCCGAACAUAGUCCAUGAAAACUUGUGCCAUAAUAAAAUAGUUGGUCUUCAAGGAGCCACAAAACUAUUGAUUGCUCAUUUGUGCUUCCCUCCCCCACUGUCCUUGGAGUUUUCAUGCAUGGUGAAACUGUACAAAUGGGACCUUUCCAUUGUAUUGGAAUCAGAGUUGGCCUUGUGCUUGGCUUUGCCUAACAGAUAUAAACUGAAUUGGGACUUGGCUUUAGCCUCUGCCUCUCUUUCUUUUUCUGCAUGCCAGAAUGAUAUUGGUGGCAAGAAGAUUCUCCAGAGGAAAUGGACAUCCUUCAUGAAAGCAAGGUUGGCCUGCUAUGUUCCUUACUAUGAGGUACUGAAGGAUGUUUUCAGUCUGGAUGGUGGCGACUGGAGGAGCACCGUCUUCUAUGCAACAUUCACUUUAUCAGCACAGUGGUAAGCCAAGCAUGCUAACUGCGUGUUGGGUACUCAAGGAACUGUAACCGUUCUGAAAAGAUACAUGGAGUCCGUUGAAUUACACAAGUUCCAUGUGCUGCCACCAGCAAAAAAGACGAAUGAAAUGCUAGGGAUUAUUAGUUAAUGGUACAGAACACAGAGCAGGACGUGUCACGGUACCCUUGAGUACUGAAUGUGGUUCUCAAUCUCCUGCCUGCUGCAUUGCAGAACUUGACUUGCAGUAUGGUGCAGGACAGAAAGAAAGCAGAUAGGCUGUUCAAGCAAGGGAACCUGGCCUUGCACAUUUCAGCAUUCCAGGGAGCAUCUGCAUUCACUUGGGCAAUUGGUUCAGUCUCUGUAUUCCAAGGCAACAGGUAUGGAUUCACUCCACCUCAGUGCCUGUUGUGGCACAAUCCAAACAUAUGCCACACUGUUCAAAGCCUCAUAAAAGACACCAAAGGAAAGUCAACUUGCAUUGAAUGGAAAGAAGGCCAUUGUCAGUUGGUCCUCAGAGUAAAGAGGCUUUCAGCUGCUUAGACUGCAUUGGCUCUGCCAGUACCACCUGCUAUGUUCUCGGAUAUUUUUGCCCUCUGCUUCCGAGUGAGGCAGGAGGCUUGCCCCUCUGUUUCCAAGGCUGGCCUGCCUGUGCUUUUAAGCUGGACAGGGUCCACUGAUGCUUUCAUCCCACCUGAGCUCCAGUCAGUGGUGUGAUGGUGGAUGGAGGCUUUCAGUUUGGUUGCCAGCAAAAUCCUCCUUGCCCUUGUAAGUAUUUUGGCACUUGUGAGUGAUUCAGUUUGCCUGAGCGUUUCUUGCUGAGGGCAAGGAACAGAUGGGACACUCUGAGCACUUUGUGAGACAAAAGUCCUAUUGGUGAGCAUCCGUAGAACAGAUUAAUAAUAGCUGUAUAUGCAGGAGGUGGUGCAGGAUGGGAAGGGGAGUAAGCUUAGAAUUUUGGAAGGGCUCACUUUGGCUUAAUUGGGAGCAAGGGGCAAACUGUUCGCCAUAUGGAUUUUAACCACAGCAAUAGGUGCUGUGCGACUUCACUGUUUGUGGCCUGAGCCCAGUCUGAAGUCAUAGCCAGCCUUUUGCACUUCCUGUUAGUUUUUAAUGGUGGUAUGAAUUUUAACAAGUUGUCCUCGGCUAAUUAGUAGCUUUGUGCUUGUAACAUUUAUCAAGUGGAAGGUUCACACUGGCAGCAAGAUGGCACCCACUGAGCUACCAUCCUCAUGAGAGGGGAGCUGAACAUCAGAGGCAUUUAUUAAUGAGCACUGGCCGUUACAUCUCAAAGGCUAUUGAGAACGUACAGGGUAUUUUGCACGUGGCCUUUUCGGGGAUGUCAGGGGAAUGGUUAAAGAGACAGAACUGGGGCAGCUGGUUGUUGUUAUUAUGUGACGAUGAAGGAAAACCAGGGGGCUUUGCAGGGCUGACAGUCUUCCCCACAGAAUGACAGGAAAUGAGGAAACCUCCAGGAUUACACAGGAAUAUCCUGCUCGUGACAGAAAGUCAUUUGACUCAUUUGUCAGAGAAGCAAAAGCUACCACUUACUCGCAAUCUAUUCUCUUGACCUGGCUUUGCACUGAGAAGAAUUUCAGAGAGCAGGGUGCGUAAAGGAGACCAUUGCCAAAUCCAGGGAGGAGUGCAAAACUAAGAACUCACCACACAGCACAAAGUCCAGCAGGAGAAAGAAGCAUUUGCAAGCAUCAGCAUGAAUUAACACUACAGGGAUAAAGGAGUCCAGUUGGAGAUGGCCCAAAAUAUUUUGGUGUUUGAGAAUGAAGAUAUAAAUGUUGCUACUGUGACAGCAAUUUGCUGUUGUUUAAUGGUACCUCCAAAAUGCCUGGGGCAGGCGGACUUCCCGUCUAAUGGUGAAUCCAGACUCCCCAAGUCCAGUAUAUUUUGUGCAGACAGGCCACACAGGUGCAAGGUAACAUUUUCCAAAUACUGGCUGGAAGUUCAUGGAGGGAUAGCAGGAAGACAGACGCAAUGAUAGCCAGGAAGUGGUAGCAAGGACAGGUGUGAUUAUUUGUUAUUUAUUUAUUUCAUAAAAUGUAUACAUCACUAGAUUGUUAAAAAAAAAUGUAUUCAAAGUGGUUUAUAGAGAGAAUAAAACAAUGCUGGGGAUACAGCUGCAGAGAGAGGGCAGGGACCCUGAGAGAGAGUCUUGUUCAGAUACAGAAUCAGGCAGAAUACCAGGACUGGCUCCAGGUUUUAAAGGCCAGAGUGCCAGCCGGCAGGCCCCAGCAGACCUACCCGGCAGUGGCAAUGGGGUAGCAAGUACCAGGCAGCACCACUGCAAUGCAGUCCUGAGCAGCUGGGCCCAUAAUGAUUCAGAGCAGUACUGCACUGGGGGUCAUUGCAGAAUAUUUCAAAUAGCAGCUCAGAUACAGCCUCCCAACAAAGGGGUGGGGGGUGGGAGGCAUAAGCAUAGCUGGGGAAAAUUCUGCUGGCGCUCCAGCAGCUGCACAAGCCUUCUGCAUAGGGAACUCAAGUGAGCCAUUUCAUCUUGGUGCAGGGACUGAUUACUCUUCCAAGCUCCGCCUGGCAGCAGAGAGUGAAAGGGAUUAAAGGUGUUGCCCUGUCACUCAGACCUUUGCACGGUUUAUGGCACCAAAGCUUCUUGAUGAGUUAUGGCUGCCUCAAGCAAAGGUUCUCAGAGGCAAGUGGAGUCUUGGGUAGCGGAUGACAGUGCCUUGCAUAUCAGCUGGCCAGAUGCACAGGAGGACAGAGCAACUGUGCUUUUAACUGUUGAGUAGAAGAGGGAAAUUCAGGAGGUGUAGCUGCUGAAACUCCCUCUUCCAUACAACCAUUAAACUUACAGGAGCCCCAUCCUCUUGUGCAUCUGGACACUCCAGAUCUAUAGUGAGGUAUAUAAGAACUCUUCGCACCAGCAGCUGCUCCUGCUUUUUAAAAUAACUUGUUCAAUUACUUUUAAUAUAAAUGUGUAAAACAUUUUAAAACUUUUACAUAUGCAUGUUUCUCAGCUACUGGAUUGUUUCUUUUGUUCUCCUUUACCAAAGGCUGCUAGUCUGGCUCCACCCACAUUCUGCCAAAACAUUAGAGCAGGGGUCAGCAACAUUUUUCAGCAGUGGGCCGGUCCACCGUCCCUCAGACCAUGUGGGGGGGCCAGACUAUAUUUUGAACAAUAUAUAUGAAUGAAUUCCUAUGCCCCACAAAUAACCCAGAGAUGCAUUUUAAAUAAAAGCACACAUUCUACUCAUGUAAAAACACGCUGAUUCCUGGACCGUCCGCGGGCCGGAUUGAGAAGGCGAUUGGGCCGCAUCCAGCCCACGGGCCUUAGCUUGUCUACCCCUGCAUUAGAAAGUUCUAGGUAUAGUCCCUAUAAAGAGGCAGUGCCUGGGCAGCCAACUGCUUGAGAAAAAGGUUGCUAGAAUGCUGCCUUACUGGUAGAAACAACUGCUGCUAACUGCUAGACUUAAGAACCCUGUAGUCAUGACCUAACUCUCCACAGCCAAGAUAGAUUUUGCAGCUGAUCUUGUGGCCUUUUCUUUUUUUUUCAAGGCUACUGCCAGUCCCUGAAACAAGAAAUGUUUCCUGCAGAGAAGGGCAGGGGUGCUUCAUUCAUGGGCCAGGUUUUAUCCAAUCUUAGGCUCUAAUCCGUUUAUCUGGAAUGGGAGAAUAAUUUUCCUGUAAGUCAAGUGGGCUGGUGACAAUACCCAGGAAAGAUGACUUUGUUGAGUCAUCUGGGUUUAGUUCAUGAAACCUGCUCCCUGUUGGUCAAACCAGAUGAUCUUCAGAUUCCUUGCGGCCCUAUAGUGCUACAAGGAUCGUUCUAUGUUGAGGGUGCGGAGCAUGUGGCUCUCCAGACUAUAACUCCCAUCAUCUCUGCCCACUGGCUAUGCUGCUUGGGGCUGAUGUUUUUAUAUCUGAGUUAAAGAGUACAGCAAUAUCUGGAGCACCACAGGUUUCCCAUGCCUGGUUUCUGUGGACCCAGAGGAAUUAGCAAGAAGUGGAAGGCUCUGGUCCUGUGCUAUGACCAUGUCACCAUGUCUUUCAGGAGGAGCAUGGAGGUGUCUGCCAUCUGCAGAUACAACAUCUCUGAAGUGCGGGCAGCCUUUGAAGGGACUUACAUGGAAUACCAGGACUCCUCCCGCAAGUGGUCCCAGUACACUGGGGAGGUGCCAGUGCCCCGGCCAGGAUCAGUAAGUUACUUACCAACUUAAUAGCUCUUAAACAUCAUUGAUAAUAUUCUAUUUAAGUCAGUUCGGAAUAAUGGCUGGCUUUUAGUUUUUGAACCUGAGUUUUGUUGGGUUGGUGCUGGAGGUUUUAAUCAGUGUCAGACUUUAUGGCUGGAUUUUAUCUACUGCUGUGUUGGUUUUUAUGAUUUAUAGUUUUGCUGUUCAUUUUAAUUUUAUCUAUUUGCCUGGGUGCAUGUCACCUAGAGAACAGUUUUUUAUUAGGUGACUCAUGCACAGAAUAGCAUAAAUAAAUAACAUCUUCUUUUGCCUCUUGUCUCAGAUAAAGGAGGCAGGAGGCACUCUCUUCCUCCCAAGGAACACAAGAGUGCUCAUAACUAAAACAGACAAGUAGAAUCCCUAAUAUGCACCAUUUCAUACUGCGGGUGAAGGUUGAGGGCUCCCCUACCCAAAAUAAUCCAUACCAGCAGAAAAGUAGAAGAUGCUCCAAUUAGGCUUUUCACAGGCAUUCUAGGUUUGAGUGAAUAGGGUAUAUUGCAUGUAGGGUUGCGUUCAGUCUCUUACCUGCAGAGUGAAAUACAACAAGCCUGUCAACUGGUGUAUCAGAAGGGGCAUUUAUUUGUAUGCUUUAGCUGUUAGAGCAGGGGUGGAGAACCUGUGGUCCUCCAGCUGUUGUUGGACCCCAGCUUCCAUCAGCCUCAGCUAGCAUGGCCAAAGGUCAAGGAUAAUGGGAGCUGAAGACCAGAAGCAUCUUGAAGCUAGGUGUGCAAAUAAUGCCCAUUUCUCCUCUGCAGUGCAUCACCAGUCGGGCUCGCAAGAAUGGCUACAACACCUCCCAGGACCUGCCCAAUGGUGUGCUGGAUUUUAUCAAGCUCCAUCCACUGAUGUAUGAAGAGGUGAAGCCUGUGGAUGGAGUCCCCCUGUUGGUGAAGAAAAAUGCGGUUUAUACCCAAGUAGCCGUAGACAGAGUCCGAGCCCUGGAUGGGCGAGUGUAUGACAUGCUCUUCUUGGGAACAGGUAGGUGUGUUUGCAUUCCCCGUGCAUAUCUAAGUGUCUGUGUGUCCUCAUCUGUUAGGACAGAACACACAUCUAGGGAGGUUACUUGUUGUUCUCACCCCUCUCAACUUUGUAUUGGAAUGUAGAGGAGACAAAGAGCGCAACCCUGUUAUGCUUUCUAAGCCUUCCAAACCUGUGUAGCUGAAUCUGUGGUUGUUUUUUUUAAGGAGAGACAGUUGGGUUUCUGUAUGCUGCAGAGCCUCCCUUUCCCUAAGCUGUUCCAGUGCCACUCAGUUCUAAUUGACAGCUACUAUGCUGUGCUUAACACUACUAAGCUGCAAACAGGCAUACCUGUAAACAGGUAUGGUUGCUUUCCUCCCCACCCCCCAAGGUGAGCCUUGCUUUUUCUGGCUUUUGCUCUUCAAAGGACACAGAGAAUCAAAGGUUGAUUAUCUCUUCUUCUUUGCCCCUUUCCCGUCACUUAGGCAGGCUUUGUGGGUUUUUGUCUCUCUCAAACAUAAAAGGUUAUAUUCCUCUUAAGUUCUACUCCAAGUGAUGCUUUUUUGAUGACAAAGCCCCAGCAUCAAAUCAGUUCUGGAAAAUUGCUCUGAGAAAGGGAGAGGUGGCUUCAUGAUUGCCAGUGAAGUUCCACUAUGGAACUUGGGCAGUUACAACUUUGUGCCUGUUUAGAAUUCAGUUGAACUCCUCUCAGAACUACAAAUCCCAUUAUUCUGGGGAGAGGAAAAGAGCAGGAAAAAAAGUGACAAAACUGUUGGCUCUACAGUGUUCAGGCACACUUCUGCUUCUUGUAAAUCUGGAAGUAUCUCACUUGCCAACCAGACCCUACACAGGGCUAGCACCUUGAAUUUUGCCUGCAUGACUGAUGUCAAGAAUGAGACUGUGUGGGAAAUUGCCUUUUUAAUGUUUACUCCCGUUUAACAGGUAAUGGCUGGAUUCACAAGGCUGUGGUCAUUGGUUCCAUGGUCCACAUCAUUGAGGAGAUCCAGGUCUUCAAAGCCCCCCAGCCUGUGGAGAACCUUGUCAUCUCUAAAAAGCAGGUACAUGUGGCUUCGGACCCCACCCAAAUGCUUUUGGUGAAGGCACACAUGCACUGUAAAAAAGCAAAGCACCAACAAGGGUGCAGUAAACAAAUGUUGGGAACAGGCCUAUGUCAGUUGGAGAACCAAUUCAGGAUAGUCUGGACUUCAUUGCUAACCUAUGUCCUGCACACUUCUCUCUACCAAAGUUGUAAGAUAGUCACAUUUUCUUCACACCACUGUAACAGGAAAGACACUAUCCAUAUUAGCAAACACUCUGUCAAGGUGUAGCUCCCCUUUGCACCUUUCACCUUGGAAGGAAAAAAAAAAUCAUAAGCUUGUGGGACGUGGGUGGUGUUUUUCUUAUGUAUUCUGACUCUGUGCUGUCUCUGCCAAUAGGCAGCACUCAAUAAAACUGUGCCUCGAGGGUGUUUAUUUGCCUUUGCCUGUAGCUAAGGUGGUUCCCACCCAGUGUCCAAAGGCCCUGUCAUGCGCUGUCCUGCCUCGUUGGAGCCCUUUGCUCAGCAGUCUGGAGCUUGUUCCUCCACAUUCCUUGCAAAGCCGCUCAAGUUUAAAAGUUUCCCUUUCCAGCUCCCAGGAAGGGCUGCCAUUUUUUGUGACUUAACAGAUUCAAUUCUGUAUGCAUAAUUUGCAUGCCGCCUUUUCACCGUCCAAACCAUGCUCAAGGUGGCUUACGACAUAAAUUCAACAUAACAAAAGGAGUCAUAAAUAAACAAAACAUCAAAAAAUACACAACCAAACUGGACAAUUUCCACACAAAUCACAAGGUCUAAAAUAUAGAUACACAAAAACCAACAGCAACAACCCACCCCCCACCACGGCAACAAAACACCCCAGCCCAAGAGUCUGUUCAGCAGCCUCAGCUUUUGUAGCUGGAGUCAGUCCAGACCCCACCCUCACAGGCCAGGUGGGAAAAGGCUUGCAAGGCAGGGAGCAGGUCCUCCAGCCAAGAUGCUUUGUGCCUCUAUGACGACAGGCGGGGGGGGGGGGGAAUUACUAGAUAAGAACCUCCAUCCUAGCAAAUGCUGCAUCUGUUGAAUUCUUCAGUUCCCAUCAGGCAAAACAGCAACAGCCCUAUUUGCAGCUCAGUCCCUAGUUCCUUUCUCAGUGUGACAGUGAAGGUUUAUGUCUCCCUGGUACAGCUGUCAGGGGAACUUGUGUGAUGUACUGCAGGUGGGAUGCUAUUUUAGUACUAUAAUAUGUGCUGUCAAGUGUGGUUCCGCAGGCUCCUCCGGAUCUUGUUAAGACUACAAUUCCCAUCAUCCUUGACCACUGACUGCUGGGGGUCAUAGGAGUUGCAGUGCAGCUACAUAUGGAGGGUACCACAUGGGCUAACACCCUUCCUGCUUUCUCUUUGGGCUCUUUUUCUAGGGCUGCCACUUUCUUGUUUUUUACUGGCUCUGCCCCAGUUCCUUGCAUUAACCAUCAGCCAGACAUGCAAAUAUUUAGUUGGUUGUGUUUUUCCUGGCUUGGAGAUAAAAAGGGUGGGGAAAGCUUAGCCAGGCAAACGCCUGCAUGUCAUUCUGCUGUUAAAGGGAAAUAAUGUAGAUGGGACUCAAGGAGGGACUUUUCCUGGCCUUUGUUCUUUCUCUUUCAUUUCAAGCAUCUCCCUCCGAGUGGUCAGCAGGGAAUGCAACUCUGCCCUCAGACUUUUUUUGAUGUUAGGGUGGCUUUGGAGAGGCAGCUAAUCUACGCACCAGGUGAUGAACAUGUACAGCAGUAGGAUAGCCUUGAGCUGGGAAGGAUAAAUGGCUGCAGGGUGACCCCAGUGACUUACUCUGGUUCCCUGCUUCCCUCUGCUGGUCAAACACUGGUGCUGAAGCUACCUGUUACCAACACAUGAUAUUGAAUGUACCAGCUAUAGCUGAGCCCAGCUUCUAUAAAAAUCCUGGCUUCCAGUUCUGCCUUUUAAGUCAUUCCAAGGUAUGGUCUGAAAGCCACCGCCUUGCUGAAGUGAAGCAGGUCUAGUCAGCGCCUGGAAGAGUGGCUACCUGGGAACAAUGUAUUUGCCACCUUAGGUUCCAUGGCAGAAGAAAGGCAAGAUAUGAAUGUAAGAAAAAUAAUACAGUGUUUUUCUGUGUAUAAGAUGCUCCCUAUUUUGGGGAACUCCAAAUUAAGAAAACACCCCUCAGCACUACCCGUGUAUAAGACAAGCCCCAAUUUUAAACCUCAUUUUUUGGUUAAAAAGCCUAGUCUUCUACAUGGAAAAAUACAGUAAUUAACCUGGGCCUUGAAGCAUUGCACCUUACAUUGCCUUUCAACAGUUAAUUGGAUGUUUCAGUUCCCUGCCUUUGCAUCUCUGCUGAGUGCAUGUCCUGUCUUUUCUCUCUUUGCAGAGGAGUCUGUAUGUGGGGGCUCAGAGUGGAAUCCUGCAGUUACCAUUUUCCUCCUGCAAGCGUUAUGUCUCCUGCUUUGAUUGUAUCCUGGCCCGAGACCCAUACUGUGGCUGGGAUGGCAAGACCUGCAGAGAAGUAGCCGAGAUGCCGGACAGGUAAUUGAAAACUGACUACAAAGACCUGGAAGUGUAUAUAACACUGUGUACCUGUUACAGUGUUACCUUGGGUUAAGAACUUAAUUCGUUCUGGAGGUCUGUUCUUAACCUGAAACUGUUCUUAACCUGAGGUACCACUUUAGCUAAUGGGGCCUCUCGCUGCUGCCGCGCCGCUGGAGCACGAUUUCUGUUCUCAUCCUGAAGCAAAGUUCUUAAUCCGAGGUACUAUUUCUUGGUUAGCAGAGUCUGUAACCUGAAGCGUCUGUAACCUGAGGUACCACUGUACUUGCAUGUGGAGUAUACUUGUGCACAAACUGGAGCAGGGCGAUACUUUUAAACCUACCCUGCUCAUUCCCCAAAUGUUGGAUAUUUGGUUGUUGUUUUUAAACAACUGCCCAUUGGGUGUGUUUGUCUGACUAAGGCAGCCAGUGUGUGAGCUCCUGCUGGCACUCCACAUGACUGGGACACCAAGUUGCCUGGAUGUCCCAGUCAGGCAGAUGCCCUGCAUGCAAGGAGGAGCUCAUACAUUGAUCAUGCUCAAUGCAGCUAUUAAAGAAAAGAAGACUUGAGGUGGGUUAAACAUGUGCUCCCCACUCUGGUCUGUACUCAGGCAUGUCCUACAUAUGAGUAAUGCAUGCAUACAGCUUGCAUCCAAGACCUAUGUUCGCCAACACUUGGUGAAGCCGGGGUUCUGUUAAGGCACCACUAAUGUGCUUCUGCAUUGAGACCUAUCCUACAUUGAGGUUUACUGGAUCAAUGGAGUAUUAGUUUGUGCUUGUUUGAGACUUAACAGCAUUCCAUCACUCUAUCCCUCCCUAUUGAAAGUGGGCAUUUGACAGGACACCCCUGUUAUUUGGCUUUAAACAUAUCAGGGCAUCUCUCUGUCUCAUACAAAACGGGUUAGGUUUAGUGGAUUCUGAUUUUGCAGGAUAUCUAAGAAGCUGUAGUCAGCGGACAGUAAUAAGAAGAUAUUCCAGAAAAUUUACAUGCUUUACUACCAUGAAAGUUUUGAGUGUGUGCACGCUAAAAUAUAAAUCCAUUACAAGAAUCACAGCAUAAAUGUAUAGAUAGGGCAGGCAGUUAAAUCCUAUUGGUUGCUAAAUCCCAUAGGAACUCACUGAAAGCCUAUUUAAAUAAACAUGCUUUACAUUGUGCCCCCCCCCUGCAAGCUUGGUCUGAGAUUGGGUCUUCCUUAGUAAUACCUUCUCUUUAAGACCUGGACUACAGCUGAGCAGCCAUAGCUCCAUACUCUAAUUAAAGGGAUCACGCUGAAGAGCUCUGUAUUUUGUCGCUGGAAUUGUCUGCUGGCUAUGCACGUGCCCUUGUGUGAGGUGACAUAUGCAGGUGACUCGGGAGGUUUCAGCAAAGCCUGCAGUUUGUGUAUUGGAUAUUGUGCAGCUGUGCAUAUUGGGGUGCUUAUGCUGGGGAGGCGUGCCUGCUGGAGCAUGUAAGAUUCUGCCCACGGGUGUAUUAAUGCCCACAGAUUUCAUCAGGUGUGUGCUGCAUGCAGGUGAGAUUGAGUAUCUUUGCGCUGCUGCCUUUUCCCAGCUGAUCAAGGUUUUGCUUAUAUUGGCUUAGGAGUCUGCUGAUCCAGGACAUUGUGCAUGGCAAUGUGGGCUGCUCGAACGACUCUGCCCAGGGUAAGAUUCUGAUACUGCCCCUUCUGGAAGCCAACGGAGCCUUGCCUCUGCUACCUUGGUCUGGUGCUCUGGGUUGAGAGAAUGGAUAAUGAUUCCUUCCUAAGGGGAAUUGUUCAUCUGUUUCCAACCUUUGCUUGUAAGAGGAGCAAGCUUCCCUUCUUCCCACCCAGACUCAAAAUAUGUUUCCCUUAAUUAAUAGAAUAUUUUCAGCACAGGGUUAUGUAAAAUAACAACAGAAAAACCACAAGAUUACAGACACAAAGUAGUGCAAAUUAAGUAGGACAACAUACAUUUCUUUGCAUUGUGGGUUUUUCUUUUAUCAAAAUUAUUCUUUCACUCAUUGUUUUCGCAGUAGGGUGGAGUAAGGCAGGCAUCCCCAACCUGCGGCUCUCCAGAGUUUUGGCCUUCAACUCCCAUGAUCCCUAGCUAACAGGACCAGUGAUCAGGGAUGAUGGGAAUUGUAGUCCAAAACAUCUGGAGAGCCAAAGGUUGGGGAUGCCUGGAGUAAGGGAAUGGGGGAAGAGAGAGCCAUGAAUGAGGGAUGUUUAUGGGACAGUUUUGAAUACUAACCACUCACUAUAGGGGCUGUGCCUAUCCCAACUAAGGGAUCUAAGCUUUCUAGAGGCUGCCUUCAAAUUCCCUUUAUUAUCUGUACUUUUAAGGAGCGCUUUCGCUUUUAAAAAUAAAACAACCCUCCCCAAACCCUUUGGGUGUCCCACCCCCUCAGCUGGAGAGCCCAGAGUGCCUCUUCCAGAGUAUUAACUGGCACUCCAGUCUUGACACCUGAAUUGUUGCGGCUCAGGUAGGGCAGCACAUCGGUGCUUACUACGUGCGUUUGUGUCUCCUGCAGCCACACCCAUGCAGAAGAACCGGACAGUGCUGUGUGGUGAUGACGUUCUCCUGCCUUGCGAGCAGAUGUCCAACCUGGCCCGGGCGACCUGGCUGGUGAACGGCACCAGAGUGCUGGUGGAGGACGGACAGGGCCGCUUCCGCCUCGGGGUGGACGGGCUGCUGGUGACGGACACCCAGCCGGAGCACAGCGGGGAAUACCGCUGCUACGCGGAGGAGAAUGGCCUCCAGGCCCUGGUGGCUGCUUACACCCUGAACGUGCUCCCUGAGCAGCGAGUGCCACAGCAGGCAUCCACCGUGUCGCACCCGUACUGGCACGCCGCCAGUGCCACUUACGGGGAUGUGAGGUUCAUCUACAUUGCCGUCAUCACGCUGCUGGGGGGGCUGUGCCUGGUGCUUAGCGUCGUGCUGCUCUAUGUCUCCUGCCUGCAGAAGCGCAGGGGCAAGUACAGCCUGGGGGUUCCCCAGGCGCCCAGCGUGGAGCUGCAGACGGUCUCUUCCAAUUGCCUGGGCAAAGGAGGGGAGGAGGACGAGGAGGAGGACCCGGGCACCUACCUGGACGGCUGCCUGCAAAUCAUCCCUGGGGAAGCCCCCACCGUGCCGUCGCCCUCCAAGGAAACGCUCCCCAUCCCACCACCGCCCCCUCCUCCGCUCCCUGCCGAGUUCACCAACGGCAUCACCACUUUGCCCAGCAUGCUGCGCAAGAUGAACGGGAACAGCUACAUGCUCCUGCGGCAGAAUGAGGAGCCGUGCACCUCUCCGCUCUACAACUCCUUCACAGAGGAGCUGAGCAAGAUCCUGGAGAAGCGGAAACACACGCAGCUGGUAGAAAAGCUGGACGAGAGCUCCGUGUAG